AUGCUCGCUCCCCCUAAUGUUGGAUCCGGUAAGUACUUUGUUUUUACAUUGCAUAGCACCCUUAAAGUGCUACUCCUCUAUUUCAAUUAUUUAUUUUGCUUAUUUCUUUUUUUCCUUUAACAGGCUGUCAGUUGAAAAAAAUCCUGUUGUAAUUUUUGCUAAUAAAGAAGGCCUUGUGGGUGACCCCCACCUUUAUUAUCCCUCAAUUUAUUUAAUGAGUGCUUAUUGUGGGUGACCCCCAUCUUUUAUUCACUCUUCAGUUAUAAUAGGUGCCUAUACACCACCUUUACAGUGGGUGAACCCCACUUCUACACAUAAGGAAACACAAAGUGGAAACACAAAGUGAUCCCAUAUAUUUCAAGACAUAACCAUCUGUCUAAGUAAAUUGAGUGACGAAUCCCACUCACUGUUGUUAUAGUGGUACAAUCCACUUGUCUAUUUUAGUGGUUACCCCACUAAAUUUUGUAUGCCGCCCUUUACCUAUUAUCUACAAAAUAAUUCGGGUGACCCCCAUUUAUAAAACUUAAUUUGAUACUAUUGGGUGAACCCCACUUAUUACCUAUUCUUUAGCAAUUGACUACCAGUCAAACCACUUAGGACAUAUCAUGUCUGAUAACACGGAGCCCGCAAUCUCCCAAGAACUUAGAGAUUGGCUGGUCUCAACCAUUGCCGAAUCCAUUCCCAAGGCGUUAGCUGCCUUUCAUGAGAAGACUUCUGCCAAAGUCAAUACUACCGCACGCUUGCCUUCUGACUCCGAGGAUUCUCAACCCUCGGAUCAGGAGACCACACGUAAGCGCCCUUGGAAAGGGGAUAGUAGGUCUGCGGGCAAGGGUAAGGCUCCUGCCAAGUCCCUAAAAUUGACUGCCACUCAACCCGCCCACGCCAUCUCCGACCCCUUAGAGGGCUCUACUUCCCACACGGGCAGGGGCGUACCUAGAGCAUUUGGCACCCGUGGCGGAUCCUGUGCGUGGCACCCCCCCCCCAAAAAAACAACAACAAACCUGUAAAAAAUGUUAAAGGUUUUCUUUAAUUAAUCCACACUCCUUAAUUAAACCAUACCCCUUAAUCCAUACCCCUUAAUUAAUCCACACUAAUUCAUCCACACACCCUUAAUCCACCCCCUUAAUUGAUACACACACCCUUAAUUAAUCCACACUAAUUAAUCCACCCCCUUAAUUAAUCCACCCCCAUAAUUAAUCCAUCCCCCCUUCAUUAAUACACCCCACUUAAUUAAUACACCCCCAUAAUUAAUCCACCCCCUAUAAUUAAAACACCCCCCAUAAUUAAUCCACUCUGCCUUAAUUAAUCCACCCCUAUAAUUAAUCCACCCCCAUAAUUAAUCCACCCCCAUAAUUAUUAAACCCCCAUAAUUAAUUCACCCCAUAAUUAAUAUACACCACCCCCAUAAUUAAUACUCCCCAUAAUUAUAUAUAUACCCCCAUAAUUAAUACUCCCCCAUAAUUAAUACUCCCCCAUAAUUAAUAUACCCCCAUAAUUAAUCCACCUCCCAUAAUUGAUACACCCCCAUUAUUAAUACACCCCAUAAUUAAUACACCCCCAAUAAUUAAUAUAAACCCCCUCCUUUCUCUCACCCCCUGCUCUCACUUUCUCCUCUUUUCACCCCUCCUUUCUCUUUCUCACCCCCCCUCAUUCUCUCUGCCCCCUUCCUCCUCUUUUCUUACCCCUCCUUUCUAACCUGCCCCCCCCUUUCUCCUCUUUUCCACUUUAUUUCUCUUUCUUUUCACUUUUACUCUUUCUCCUCUUUUCACCCCCCCUCUCCCCUCCUUUCUCACCCCCCUCCCCUACCUGUGUAGUAGCGUGGCCAAGCCCAGUAUAGUCGGCGGGUACAGAGAGCAGCUGUCUCCUGUACCCGGCCGGACUAACAGGAAGUGCACACUGUGUGCACUUCCUGUUAGUCCGGCCGGGUACAGGAAACAGCUGCUCCCUGUACCCGCCGACUAUACUGUGCUCGGCCACGCUACAGCAAAGGAAGCUGACAGGAGGGAGCGCUGAGCGCUUCCCUCCUGUCAGCCUCUCCUCAGGUUGCGCCCGGGCGGUGCGGUCCGCCCUCAUGGACGCACCGCCCGGGCAAAGCUGCAGCCGCCUGGCUCUCUACAGAGCGCUCGGGCGGCUGCAGCAUGAGGGGGGGGGGCGGCGGGGCUGGUCAUGGCACCCCCCAUCCUGGUGGCACCCGGGGCGGACCGCCCCUCCCCGCCCCCCCCUUAGUACGCCACUGCACACGGGCGAUAGGGUUGAAGAUUAUUGCCUUGAUUAUUCUGAUGAGGACCCUUCGGCGAAUGUGCUAGGGGAUUCCCCAUCAGAGUUUGUCAAGGAGACUUUCAUAUCACACAAAGAAUCAGAUGCAAAAGUUAAUAUGCAGAAGGGACCCGAUUCAGACAUUCUUCUGGAUGCUUCGGGUGUCCCUUUUUUCGACCCCAGGGUCAUUAAGCAUCCACGGUCGGCCGAAUGGGCCCCACCGGACCACAUUUCUAACUUUUGCAGAAUGUGGUUACGUAAACCACUUGAAAAAUACAUCAGGGCGAAACUCAGAGCCGAGUGCCCUCGACCAACCAUUCCAAACAAGGUGGCCCUCACACCAGAGUUUGACCCUCUAUUUGUAACAUUCCUCACUAAGACGGGGAAAGAUCCCCGCAAAGGCAUUGAGCAGGGUCUUAAGACGGCCCAAGAUAAACUCCUGGACAUUGCUGGUCCAAUCAUUCAAAUUUUUAUACUGGCAGACGAAGCCAUAACAAAUGGCGAAUUUGACCCCAACACAGUCAGAGAGUGGGCCCAGAGAGCCCUAUGUUUCCUAGGCAACGCAAACAUGUCCACUGAGAGACGCAGGGCGCAUUGUACAAACUAGAUGCUAAAUUAGCUGAUCUGAGCUCCCGAGAACUGGGACCUGAGGCCAAUGGUCUGCUGUUUGGCGAUUAAUUUAUGAGGGAUCUCUCCAAACAUGUAGCGGUAUUCACUACCCUAAAUAAGGCCCAAUCCUCCUUGCGCAGGGUACUUCACAAAACUGAUGAAACCAGUGAUGGCAUUGCUCCGAUCACAGGGGAUUCGGUCCAUUAUAUAUUUGGACGACAUCCUGAUAAUGGCUCAAGACUCAAAUCUUUUACGCAAACACAUAGACAUGACGACGGCCUUACUACAAAACCUUGGUUUUGUGAUCAAUUUCCAGAAAUCAGCACUGAACCCUUCUCAGAAGGUUCAGUUUCUCGGAUUUCUGAUAGACUCCGUACAGGCGAUUUUACAACUACCCUCCGCAAAGGUCAAAUCUAUAAAAAAAAGACAUUUGCAAAUUGCUAUCAGCCCACCAGAUUCGUCUACGCGAUCUGGCCCAUACUAUAGGCCUACUGUCCUCCUCUAUUCAAGCCAUUUACCCGGGACCUCUGCAUUACCGAGCCAUGCAACGGCUCAAGACAUACUACCUACACCGUUCCACUUCCUACGACCAACCCAUCUACCUCACAGACGAGGUUCGGAUAGAACUUCAUUGGUGGCUUCAUAACAUGGAAGCCUGGAAUGGCAAAGCCAUUUUCGGAUCACAACUAGACUUCAUUCUGGAAUCCGAUGCCAGUCUCCUGGGAUGGGGCGCCACGUGCGCCGACAGGUCGACUGGGGGACUAUGGUCCCCCUCCGAACGAGCACUGCACAUCAAUUGCCUAGAAUUGAUUGCGGGAUCUUUUGCGAUUCGCAGUUUCGCAAAAGAUUGUUUCAAUUGUUCACUAGUACUACGCAUGAACAACGUCUCUGCAGUGCAUUAUGUGAAUCGGUUAGGAGGUUCCCGAUCCAAACUACUGUCCGACCUUACCAAGGAACUUUACCAAUUCUGCCUAGAGCGGAAUUUAGCCAUAAGAGCGGAAUAUCUCCCAGGCACAGAUAACCUAGUCGCAGACUGGUUCUCUCACCAUUGGAGGGAUGUAAGCGACUGGCAAUUGGACCCCCGCUUGUUCUAUCAAAUUCUUUGUCUUCGCGGGCCCCUCACACUGGACCUGUUUGCAUCUCGGCUGAAUCGCCAGACGGAGGCUUUUAUCAGCUGGCUUCCAGAUACCCUGUCCUGGGCAGUCGAUGCCUUUCUACACCCUUGGCCAGAGAAGGGAGCUUAUGCUUUUCCGCCUUUCUCCAUGAUCCAACGCACCCUUUACCGGGUCAAAGCUCUAGUAGUGACAAUAGUUAUUGUCACUCCGUUAUGGAGAGCCCAGACUUGGUUUCCAACUCUGCUAGAAAUGUCUGUGAAUUGCCCAAUUCUAUUACCUCGAUCCCCCGACAUCCUCAAGAAUCCAGCAGGGCACUGUCACCCACUCGCCCUUCAAGGGCGACUCCAGCUUGGACCAUUUCAGGGGAUCCUGGAAUGUCUCGGGACUUUCAGAGACAGCUCAGACUCUCCUAUGGGACUCCUGGGCCCCAGGCACUAGACGGGCUUACCUCGCUGCAUGGCGAACAUGGGUCAGCUGGUGUUUGGAAAGGGAUACCGAUCCCUUUUCAGCACCUCUGACGAUUAUCCUAAACUUUCUGUCUACCCUAUUUGAUCAAGGCAAGUCCUAUAGAUCAAUUAAUGUUUUUAGAUCAGCUAUUUCUGCGGCCCACAACCCUAUUGACAAUACAUCAAUAGGCAAACAUCCUUCAGUCUGUAAACUUUUACGAGGGAUCAGGCUUGCCAGGCCCCCUCUUCCCAAAUAUUCCAAUUUCUGGGAUGUUGCUCAGGUUUUUUCCCUUUUAGAAUCCUGGCCCUCUAAUGAGAAUUUGACGUUACGUCAACUCUCUGCCAAACUGGCCUUACUUUUAUGUCUGGUGUCCUUCCGUCGGGUCUCCGACAUUCGAGCAUUUUAUUCCCAUGCUAUAGCUUUCUUGCCGGAAGGCGUCAAAUUUCACAUCACGAGGCGAACAAAGACCAAUUCUACCGCCGUUUUUUACCCUUACUUUCCGACUAGACAGUCACUCUGUGUGGCGCUCUGCUUAAGGCACUAUAUAGCUGCCACAGCCACUCUGCGUCCCCCUACAGGACCCCUUCUCGUGUCCUAUGUCAAACCACACAAACCGGUGUCCGCUCCCACAGUCGCGCGGUGGAUCAGAUGGAUACUAGCCCAAGCAGACAUUGACUCUUCUUUUGGGGCGCAUUCAGUCAGAGGAGCAGCCGCAUCCUCAGCGUUUCAUGCGGGUAGCUCCCUCUCGGACAUUCUGGCAUCUGCGGAUUGGUCCAGGGAGUCUACAUUUCGUACAUUCUACUUCAAACCUAUGCCACAUGCUGCAUCUUCUAUAAUAUAGGAGCGUUAAAACAGCAAAUAUGAAGCCUCCUGUCUUGCCAUAAAAUUAGGGAUUAUUCUAGCUCUGGUGACUGAAUAAUCUAAAUUUUAUUAACGACAGGAGGCGAAUAUUUUCCCUCCCUUCUUGUCUUCAGUAUUAUUUCUACCCACCCUAAGGUAAGUUGCUAGGUAUUCGUCCCUAGUCGAUCUGUUUCAGACAUACUCACACAUCAUCUGACAUAGGUUUAUACCACAACACUUUAACCAGGCAUUUGAUAUAUUUAAUAUCAUUUCACAUGAAAUGUUUGGGGAUUGUUAGUCCUAGUAUGCUUGCCAUAAACAUGCAUUCAAUCAGUAUAAGAGCCUAUACUCUCAUAGUUUUUUCUCUACUUCCCCUUAGUGUGAAGAACCCCAACGCUUGGGAUUUAUGGAUCUAUCAACCCGCUGCAAGUUUACAUGGUUGACUGCAUCAGGACUCCGGCUUAGUCCACAGUUCAUUAUUUUGGUUUACAUGGUUGAUACUCGGGUGCCGUCGGCUACAGCAAGAAAGAGGAUUUGGGAGGAGCUUCAUGACACCAUAUACUACUGUUAUACACUCUGAUUGGUUGAAUUUGUUUUACAUUACUGUUAACCAUUUCUUUGCUGCUGGGAGGUUCAGUAAAGAAAGAUAAGCAAAUAUUCGCCUCCUGUCGUUAAUAAAAUUUAGAUUAUUCAGUCACCAGGGCUAGAAUAAUCCCUAAUUUUAGGGCAUGACGUACCGGGUCCGUCAUCCGGCGUUAAGUGUUUUCUCAGCAUGACGGACAUAGUCCGUCAUCCGGGGUUAAAGAAAAGCUCCUUUCUACCUCUAAACACACAUAUCAUCCAAUGUCUUCCCUCAACCCCCUCCACCAACAUACACACUACAAUCCUUAUUACUCCUGGACACAUACAUUACAACUUUAAUUUCCUCACACACACUAACUACAGCCUCGAUUACGACCCAAAGGGCGUGCAUGCACUAUGGGCUGUAAGUGGAUUGCACAUGGUACUUGUGGUGUGAGGAGGGGACAUGGAAGGCACACUACAGUCCCAGUUUCCUAAACUCCCCAUUAUUAAUUAUUAUUCUGAGACUUGAAAUUGCUGUUUAGUGAAUAAGCGAGUGCAGUGGAUUUUGUAUGUUAUAUAUCUGUAUACAUAUAUAUAUAUAUAUAUAUAUAUAUAUAUAUAAAUAUACACACAGACUUAUGACUUAUUAUACAUUUAUUUAUAAAGUAUUUUACCAGGAAAGAUACAUGUUGUUUUCAAGUAUGUACUUGUCCCACAAACAUUGCUUUGUUGUAAUAGGGUAAAUUUAACCAGCGAACAGGUAAGAAAUAUAAUCAAAUACAUCUGUCAACAUAUUUACAAAAAUAAAAACACAAAUAAAAUGUCCCUAUAAAGAGAUCUCGUGAUGCCCUAGGGCCUACACAAUAUUUACAUUUGUCAGUAGGUGUCUUGUGAGCAUUUACCGGUAUACAGUGCUUUACUCACUCUGAUAAGCCAAGACCAUCUCCCGUAUUUAUCUAUCUCCCAUUACUGUAUUGGGGCAUACUACAAGGGUGCCAAGAGGAGGGCAUGUUUUUAAAACAUUGGGCGUGGUCUUCUGUAAGUGACAGCAGGAAUAGCCAAUCAGGUAGGUGAUGUGCAACACUGCACCGUGAUUGGCAGGUGGAGGAGUUUAGGUAAAGGGGCGGUGGGAUAGGUGACGCUCCUCAGUGUGUGCUGCUGCAUGCGGACCGCUAGGACACCGACAGGAAGUGAUGUUGCUGGGUAAGGUGGACUGUGAGCUGGAGUUUCUUAUUAUCCCUGGUUUAUAAUGUGUGUGUAUGGGAUAUUACAUCUCAUUGCCCCUGGCUUAUAGUGUGUGUGUAUGGGAUAUUACAUCUCAUUGCUCCUGGUUUAUAGUGUGUGUGUAUGGGAUAUUACAUCUCAUUGCUCCUGGCUUAUAGUGUGUGUGUAUAUGGGAUAUGGUUUAUAGUGUGUGUGUAUGGGAUAUUACAUCUCAUUGCCCCUGGUUUAUAGUGUGUGUAUGGGAUAUUACAUCUCAUUGCUCCUGGUUUAUAGUGUGUGUAUGGGAUAUUACAUAUCAUUGCUCCUGGUUUAUAGUAUGUGUAUGGGAUAUUACAUCUCAUUGCUCCUGGUUUAUAGUGUGUGUGUGUGUGUGUGUGUAUGGGAUAUUACAUCUCAUUGCUCCUGGUUUAUAGUGUGUGUGUAUAUGGGAUAUUACAUCUCAUUGCUCCUGGUUUAUAGUGUGUGUAUGGGAUAUUACAUCUCAUUGCCCCUGGCUUAUAGUGUGUGUGUGUGUAUGGGAUUUUACAUCUCAUUGAUCCUGGUUUAUAGUGUGUGUGUGUGUGUGUGUGUGUGUGUGUGUGAUAUUACAUCUCAUUGCUCCUGGUUUAUAGUGUGUGUGUGUGUGUGUGUAUAUGGGAUAUUACAUCUCAUUGCUCCUGGUUUAUUGUGUGUGUGUGUGUGUGUGGAUAUUACAUCUCAUUGCUCCUGGUUUAUAGUGUGUGUGUGUGUGUGUGUAUAUGGGAUAUUACAUCUCAUUGCUCCUGGUUUAUUGUGUGUGUGUGUGUAUAUGGGAUAUUACAUUUCAUUGCUUGAAAUUGCUGUUUAGUGAAUAAGCGAGUGCAGUGGAUUUUGUAUGUUAUAUAUCUGUAUACAUAUAUAUAUAUAUAUAAAUAUACACACAGACUUAUGACUUAUUAUACAUUUAUUUAUAAAGUAUUUUACCAGGAAAGAUACAUGUUGUUUUCAAGUAUGUACUUGUCCCACAAACAUUGCUUUGUUGUAAUAGGGUAAAUUUAACCAGCGAACAGGUAAGAAAUAUAAUCAAAUACAUCUGUCAACAUAUUUACAAAAAUAAAAACACAAAUAAAAUGUCCCUAUAAAGAGAUCUCGUGAUGCCCUAGGGCCUACACAAUAUUUACAUUUGUCAGUAGGUGUCUUGUGAGCAUUUACCGGUAUACAGUGCUUUACUCACUCUGAUAAGCCAAGACCAUCUCCCGUAUUUAUCUAUCUCCCAUUACUGUAUUGGGGCAUACUACAAGGGUGCCAAGAGGAGGGCAUGUUUUUAAAACAUUGGGCGUGGUCUUCUGUAAGUGACAGCAGGAAUAGCCAAUCAGGUAGGUGAUGUGCAACACUGCACCGUGAUUGGCAGGUGGAGGAGUUUAGGUAAAGGGGCGGUGGGAUAGGUGACGCUCCUCAGUGUGUGCUGCUGCGUGCGGACCGCUAGGACACCGACAGGAAGUGAUGUUGCUGGGUAAGGUGGACUGUGAGCUGGAGCUUCUUAUUAUCCCUGGUUUAUAAUGUGUGUGUAUGGGAUAUUGCAUCUCCUUGCCCCUGGUUUAUAAUGUGUGUAUGGGAUAUUACAUCUCAUUGCCCCUAGUGUGUGUGUGUGAUAUCACAUCUCAUUGCUCCUGGUUUAUAGUGUGUGUAUAUGGGAUAUUACAUCUCAUUGCCCCUAUUGUGUGUGUGUGUGUGUGUGUGUGUGUGUGUGUGUGUGUGUGUUAUUACAUCUCAUUGCUCCUGGUUUAUAGUGUGUGUGUUAUUACAUCUCAUUGCUCCUGGUUUAUAGUGUGUGUGUGUGUGUGUGUGUGUUAUUACAUCUCAUUGCUCCUGGUUUAUAGUGUGUGUGUGUGGUGUGUGAAUGGGAUAUUACAUCUCAUUGCUCCUGGUUUAUAGUGUGUGUGUAUAUGGGAUAUUACAUCUCAUUGCCCCUAGUGUGUGUGUGGGAUAUUACAUCUCCUUGCUCCUGGUUUAUAGUGUGUGUGUGUGUGUGUGUGUGUGUGUGUGUGGGAUAUUACAUCUCCUUGCCCCUGGUUUAUAAUGUGUGUGUGUGUGUGUGUGUGUGUGUAUGGGAUAUUACAUCUCAUUGCUCCUGGUUUAUAGUGUGUGUAUGGGAUAUUACAUCUCAUUGCCCCUGGCUUAUAGUGUGUGUGUGUAUGGGAUAUUGCAUCUCCUUGCCCCUGGUUUAUAAUGUGUGUAUGGGAUAUCACAUCUCAUUGCUCCUGGUUUAUAGUGUGUGUAUAUGGGAUAUUACAUCUCAUUGCCCCUAGUGUGUGUGUGGGAUAUUACAUCUCAUUGCUCCUGGUUUAUUGUGUGUGUGUGUGUGUGUGUAUGUGUGUGUGUGUGUGGGAUAUUACAUCUCCUUGCCCCUGGUUUAUAAUGUGUGUAUGGGAUAUUACAUCUCAUUGCUCCUGGUUUAUAAUGUGUGUGUGUGUGUGUGUGGGAUAUUACAUCUCCUUGCCCCUGGUUUAUAAUGUGUGUAUGGGAUAUUACAUAUCAUUGCUCCUGGUUUAUAGUGUGUGUAUAUGGGAUAUUACAUCUCAUUGCCCCUAUUGUGUGUGUGUGUGUGUGUGUGUGUUAUUACAUCUCAUUGCUCCUGGUUUAUAGUGUGUGUGUGUGUGUGUGUGUGUGUGUGUUAUUACAUCUCAUUGCUCCUGGUUUAUAGUGUGUGUGUGUGUGUGUGUAUGGGAUAUUACAUCUCAUUGCUCCUGGUUUAUAGUGUGUGUAUGGGAUAUUACAUCUCAUUGCUCCUGGUUUAUAGUGUGUAUGGGAUAUUACAUCUUAUUGCUCCUGGUUUAUAGUGUGUGUGUGUGUAUAUGGGAUAUUACAUCUCAUUGCCCCUAGUGUGUGUGUGUGUGUGUGUGUGUGUGUGUGUGUAUAUGGGAUAUUACAUCUCAUUGCUCCUGGUUUAUAGUGUGUGUAUGGGAUAUUACAUCUCAUUGCCCCUGGCUUAUAGUGUGUGUGUAUGGGAUAUUGCAUCUCCUUGCCCCUGGUUUAUAAUGUGUGUAUGGGAUAUCACAUCUCAUUGCUCCUGGUUUAUAGUGUGUGUAUAUGGGAUAUUACAUCUCAUUGCCCCUAGUGUGUGUGUGGGAUAUUACAUCUCAUUGCUCCUGGUUUAUUGUGUGUGUGUGUGUGUGUGUAUGUGUGUGUGUGUGUGGGAUAUUACAUCUCCUUGCCCCUGGUUUAUAAUGUGUGUAUGGGAUAUUACAUCUCAUUGCUCCUGGUUUAUAAUGUGUGUGUGUGUGUGUGUGGGAUAUUACAUCUCCUUGCCCCUGGUUUAUAAUGUGUGUAUGGGAUAUUACAUAUCAUUGCUCCUGGUUUAUAGUGUGUGUGUGUGUAUAUGGGAUAUUACAUCUCCUUGCCCCUGGUUUAUAAUGUGUACAUGGGAUAUUACAUCUCCUUGCCCCUGGUUUAUAAUGUGUGUAUGGGAUAUUACAUCUCAUUGCUCCUGGUUUAUAGUGUGUGUAUAUGGGAUAUUACAUCUCAUUGCCCCUAGUGUGUGGGGGAUAUUACAUCUCAUUGCUCCUGGUUUAUAGUGUGUGUGUGUGUGUGUAUAUGCGAUAUUGCAUCUCGUUGCCCCUGGCUUAUAAUGUGUGUAUGGGAUAUUAAAUCUCAUUGCUCCUGGUUUAUAGUGUGUGUGUGUGUGUGUGUGUGUGUGUGUGUGGGAUAUUACAUCUCCUUCCUCCUGGUUUAUAGUGUGUGUGUGUGUGUGGGAUAUUGAAUCUCCUUGCUCCUGGUUUAUAGUGUGUAUGGGAUAUUACAUCUCAUUGUUCCUGGUUUAUAGUGUGUGUAUGGGAUAUUAAAUCUCAUUGCUCCUGGUUUAUAGUGUGUGUGUGUGUGUGUGUGUGUACAUGGGAUAUUACAUCUCAUUGCUCCUGGUUUAUAGUGUGUGUGUGUGUGUGUGUGUAUAUGGGAUAUUGCAUCUCUUUGCCCCUGGUUUAUAAUGUGUGUAUGGGAUAUUACAUCUCAUUGCUCCUGGUUUAUAGUGUGUGUAUAUGGGAUAUUACAUCUCAUUGCCCCUAGUGUGUGUGGGAUAUUACAUCUCAUUGCUCCUGGUUUAUAAUGUGUGUAUGGGAUAUUACAUAUCAUUGCUCCUGGUUUAUAGUGUGUGUGUGUGUGUGUGUGUGUGUGUUAUUACAUCUCCUUGCCCCUGGUUUAUAAUGUGUGUAUGGGAUAUUACAUAUCAUUGCUCCUGGUUUAUAGUGUGUGUGUGUGUAUAUGGGAUAUUACAUCUCCUUGCCCCUGGUUUAUAAUGUGUAUGGGAUAUUAAAUCUCAUUGCUCCUUGUUUAUAGUGUGUGUAUGGGAUAUUACAUCUCCUUGCUCCUGGUUUAUAGUGUGUGUGUGUGUGUGUGUGUGUGUGUGUGUUAUUACAUCUCAUUGCUCCUGGUUUAUAGUGUGUGUGUGUGUGUGUGUAUAUGGGAUACUGCAUCUCCUUGCCCCUGGUUUAUAAUGUGUAUAUGGGAUAUUACAUCUCAUUGCUCCUGGUUUAUAGUGUGUAUAUGGGAUAUUACAUCUCCUUGCUCCUGGUUUAUAGUGUGUAUAUGGGAUAUUACAUCUCAUUGCUCCUGGUUUAUAGUGUGUGUAUGGGAUAUUACAUCUCCUUGCUCCUGGUUUAUAAUGUGUGUAUGGGAUAUCACAUCUCAUUGCUCCUGGUUUAUAGUGUGUGUAUAUGGGAUAUUACAUCUCAUUGCCCCUAGUGUGUGUGUGUGUGUGUGUGUGUGUGUGUGUGUGUGUGUGAUAUUACAUCUCAUUGCUCCUGGUUUAUAGUGUGUGUGUGUGUGUGUGUGUGUGUAUGGGAUAUUACAUCUCAUUGCUCCUGGUUUAUAGUGUGUGUAUGGGAUAUUACAUCUCAUUGCUCCUGGUUUAUAGUGUGUGUGUAUGGGAUAUUACAUCUCAUUGCUCCUGGUUUAUAGUGUGUAUGGGAUAUUACAUCUUAUUGCUCCUGGUUUAUAGUGUGUGUGUAUAUGGGAUAUUACAUCUCAUUGCCCCUAGUGUGUGGGAUAUUACAUCUCAUUGCUCCUGGUUUAUAGUGUGUGUGUGUGUGUGUGUGUGAGAUAUUGAAUCUCCUUGCUCCUGGUUUAUAGUGUGUGUAUGGGAUAUUACAUCUCAUUGCUCCUGGUUUAUAGUGUGUAUGGGAUAUUACAUCUCAUUGCUCCUGGUUUAUAGUGUGUGUAUGGGAUAUUACAUCUCAUUGCUCCUGGUUUAUAGUGUGAAUGGGAUAUUACAUCUCAUUGCUCCUGGUUUAUAGUGUGUGUGUAUAUGGGAUAUUACAUCUCAUUGCCCCUAGUGUGUGUGUGGGAUAUUACAUCUCCUUGCUCCUGGUUUAUAGUGUGUGUGUGUGUGUGUGUGUGUGUGUGUGUGGGAUAUUACAUCUCCUUGCCCCUGGUUUAUAAUGUGUGUGUGUGUGUGUGUGUGUGUGUAUGGGAUAUUACAUCUCAUUGCUCCUGGUUUAUAGUGUGUGUAUGGGAUAUUACAUCUCAUUGCCCCUGGCUUAUAGUGUGUGUGUGUAUGGGAUAUUGCAUCUCCUUGCCCCUGGUUUAUAAUGUGUGUAUGGGAUAUCACAUCUCAUUGCUCCUGGUUUUAUAGUGUGUGUAUAUGGGAUAUUACAUCUCAUUGCCCCUAGUGUGUGUGGGGGAUAUUACAUCUCAUUGCUCCUGGUUUAUAGUGUGUGUGUGUGAUAUUAUAUCUCCUUGCCCCUGGUUUAUAAUGUGUGUAUGGGAUAUUACAUCUCAUUGCUCCUGGUUUAUUGUGUGUGUGUGUGUGUGUGUGUGUGUGUGUGUAUAUGCGAUAUUGCAUCUCGUUGCCCCUGGUUUAUAAUGUGUGUAUGGGAUAUUAAAUCUCAUUGCUCCUGGUUUAUAGUGUGUGUAUAUGGGAUAUUACAUCUCAUUGCUCCUGGUUUAUAGUGUGUGUGCGUGUGUGUGUGUGUGUGUGUGAUAUUGAAUCUCCUUGCUCCUGGUUUAUAGUGUGUAUGGGAUAUUACAUCUCAUUGUUCCUGGUUUAUAGUGUGUGUGUAUGGGAUAUUACAUCUCAUUGCUCCUGGUUUAUAGUGUGUGUGUGUAUAUGGGAUAUUACAUCUCAUUGCUCCUGGUUUAUAGUGUGUGUGUGUGUGUGUGUGUGUGUGUAUAUGGGAUAUUGCAUCUCUUUGCCCCUGGUUUAUAAUGUGUGUAUGGGAUAUUACAUCUCAUUGCUCCUGGUUUAUAGUGUGUGUAUAUGGGAUAUUACAUCUCAUUGCCCCUAGUGUGUGUGUGGGAUAUUACAUCUCAUUGCUCCUGGUUUAGUGUGUGUGUGUGUGUGUGGGAUAUUACAUCUCCUUGCCCCUGGUUUAUAAUGUGUGUAUGGGAUAUUACAUCUCAUUGCUCCUGGUUUAUAGUGUGUGUAUAUGGGAUAUUACAUCUCAUUGCUCCUGGUUUAUAGUGUGUGUGUGUGUGUGUGUGUGUGUGUAUAUGGGAUAUUACAUCUCCUUGCCCCUGGUUUAUAAUGUGUGUAUGGGAUAUUACAUCUCAUUGCUCCUGGUUUAUAGUGUGUGUAUAUGGGAUAUUACAUCUCAUUGCUCCUGGUUUAUAGUGUGUGUGUGUGUGUAUAUGCGAUAUUGCAUCUCGUUGCCCCUGGUUUAUAAUGUGUGUAUGGGAUAUUAAAUCUCAUUGCUCCUGGUUUAUAGUGUGUGUGUGUGUGUAUAUGGGAUAUUACAUCUCAUUGCUCCUGGUUUAUAGUGUGUGUGUGUGUGAUAUUGAAUCUCCUUGCUCCUGGUUUAUAGUGUGUGUAUGGGAUAUUACAUCUCAUUGUUCCUGGUUUAUAGUGUGUGUAUGGGAUAUUACAUCUCAUUGCUCCUGGUUUAUAGUGUGUGUGUGUGUGUGUAUAUGGGAUAUUGCAUCUCUUUGCCCCUGGUUUAUAAUGUGUGUAUGGGAUAUUACAUCUCAUUGCUCCUGGUUUAGUGUGUGUGUAUGGGAUAUUACAUCUCAUUGCUCCUGGUUUAUUGUGUGUGUAUGGGAUAUUACAUCUCAUUGUUCCUGGUUUAUAGUGUGUGUAUAUGGGAUAUUACAUCUCAUUGCUCCUGGUUUAUAGUGUGUGUAUGGGAUAUUACAUCUCAUUGCUCCUGGUUUAUAGUGUGUAUGGGAUAUUACAUCUCAUUGCUCCUGGUUUAUAGUGUGUGUGUAUAUGGGAUAUUACAUCUCAUUGCCCCUAGUGUGUGGGAUAUUACAUCUCAUUGCUCCUGGUUUAUAGUGUGUGUGUGUGUGUGUGUGUGAGAUAUUGAAUCUCCUUGCUCCUGGUUUAUAGUGUGUGUAUGGGAUAUUACAUCUCAUUGCUCCUGGUUUAUAGUGUGUGUGUGUGUGUGUGUGUGUGUAUAUAUGGGAUAUUGCAUCUCUUUGCCCCUGGUUUAUAAUGUGUGUAUGGGAUAUUACAUCUCAUUGCUCCUGGUUUAGUGUGUGUGUGUGUGUGUGUGUGUGAGAUAUAUAUUGAAUCUCCUUGCUCCUGGUUUAUAGUGUGUGUAUGGGAUAUUACAUCUCAUUGUUCCUGGUUUAUAGUGUGUGUAUGGGAUAUUACAUCUCAUUGCUCCUGGUUUAUAGAGUGUGUGUGUGUGUAUAUGGGAUAUUACAUCUCAUUGCUCCUGGCUUAUAGUGUGUGUGUAUAUGCGACAUUACAUCUCAUUGCUCCUGGCUUAUAGUGUGUGUGUGUGUAUAUAUGGGAUAUUAGAUCUCAUUGCUCCUGGCUUAUAGUGUGUGUGUGUAUAUAUGGGAUAUUAGAUCUCAUUGCUCCUGGUUUAUAGUGUGUGUGUGUGUGUGUAUGGGAUAUUACAUCUCACUUCCCUUGGUUUAGUGUGAGUGUAUUUCAGCUUAUAGUGUGUAGUGGUUCUUGGGGGACAUGCUGGAAUCCCAAUGUUAUUGCCAUUCAUUAGUGAAGGUCACCUUGUGGCCUGCACUCUUUGUAUAUUACCUGUUAACAGUGUAUAUUAGCGUGUGCACAGUUUAUACUGCCUGUUAUCAGUGUGUAUUGGUGUGCACUCUGUGUAUAUACUGCCUGUUAUUAGUGUGGACUCUGUAUGUCCCGCCUGUUAGUAUGCAUGAGUGUCUAGGAAAAAUGGUCGGUCUGGUUGCCCUCAGUGUACCAAUCAUGGCUAGGAGACAAGUGUGGACAAAUUAUUCUUCUUGACCUGUAAUAGGGUGUAUGUACUUACUCGAAGUGUGAUGACUUGAUUGUUACUUGAAACAUUUAAUAUCUAAAGCGGUGUUAUCCUUAUUUUCUGUUUGUGAUUGUUAUGCAUUCACUAUGUUCAUAUAAGGUGUAGUAGUGUUAGUAAUUUACCAGUAUACUAGUUCAGUUGAUGGGAAGCUAUCUCUUAUAGUUUACUCCCAUUAAAGGAACACUGUAACUUUAGGAAUAAAAAUAUGUUUAAUGUUACUGUCCCAAGUACUACCAGGUCUCAUAUCUCCUCCCUCCUCCUCCUCCAGCAGUGAAAUGGUUAAAAAACCCUUUACUCCCUUAUUUCCAUGGCUGAGGUGCACUCUCCUCCCCAGUGCAGUCAUGAAGAAUGCAAGGCAGGGCCUCUUCUGCUGAUGUUCAAUCCAGUGCUCCUCUUAGAGCGUUUCGACCUAAUUCGCAUGCACAGUCUGUGUAGUGAAACAGCCUAUAGUGGCUGCCAGAGGACGAUUUAACCAUGCAAUGUCAACAUUGCAUUUUUUCAAACUGCAGUGUUUUUUUUUGUUUUUGUUUUUUUUUCAUUGCAAGGCUAAGGGAACAGGACCAUUGCAGACCAUUUCAUUGAGAUGAAGUGGCCUCCGCACGUGUAUAUGAUUAGUAGUUAUCUUACAACUGUUAAUCUGCUGUCUUGUACUGGUGUCUGUACAUGUAGAUAUUCUGUGCUCACUUCAGUGUCGUUUAUAUGCUUCGGUGGAAUGCUUUGCUUUCAGGACAAUCUAGACAAGGUUGUGGAUGAGGCCAAUCACUGGCCUUGUUAGGUAGGACAUGCAAAGAAAAUGUGACUUAAGCUGCAUAACAGUGAUUGAAAGUCUAAAAGGCAGAGAAUUGAUCAAGAAGGCUGCUGGUACAUAAUCUAUACACCAAAACCACUCCAUUAAAGGGAUUCUAUAGUGCCUGGAAAAUAAACCAGGUUUUCAGGCAUUAUAGGCUGCUGCAGCGCCCACCCCACCCCCACCUCUGGUGCUGAAGGGGUUAAAACCCCUUCAGCCACUUACCUGAAUCCAUGUAUCUUGAUGCUAAGUCAGGCUCUGUCCAUGCUCCUCCCCCACCGGAUGAUGACCGCGCUCUCGUUAGGAUUUCCACGGGGGAUGCUAGAUCGGAGUGACCGUCAGGAGGUGGGUGCACAGCGCUACCUCCUGCCAUGCACUCUGUGUAGCCUGGUUGAGUGGAGCAGUGUGCACCGUGGUAUAGUUACUUAUGUUUCCUGUACCCGGCCAGUCUGAAAGGAAGUGCUCCCUGAGAGAGCACUUCCUAACAGUCCGGCUGGGUACAGGAGACUGAAUCUCCUGUACCGUGUUGCCCUCUGCUCGGCCACGCUACCAGGAGACACACCGGAGAGCAGGGACCAAAGAGGGGAGAAAGGACCACUAUGGGACAGGGGUGCAGAACAUUAUGGGACUGGGGGAGUGGGUGGUAAGGAACACUAUAUCGAUAUCGAGGAAUCGUGGAAUACCGCCUCACUGCCGGGCAUCCGAGUGAUCGCUCCCCCCUCUCCCCGGAGAGACCCCUUCUGGGUUGCCGCACAUGGCGCCAAUUUGUGUAGUGCAGAGUAGGGAUAAACUGAUUAUCGGUCUGGCCGAUAUUCUGUAUUUUCAGCAAGAGAUCGUCCGCUGUCGAUAAUGCGGACCUGGGUGGGCCCAGCAAGCUCUUACUUACCCCCAGCAGCUCCAUUCUGUUUACGCUGUGUAAAUCUUGCGAGUCCCGCGGUCGUCAAAGGGUUGCCACAGGUUACCAUGGCAACACUCCACACAGCACGCUGACUGCUAGAGUUGGACAGGGGAGCUGCUGGGAGGUUAAGAGAUUUUUGGGUCCUCCAGGGAAUACAAUAUCCCCCCUCCCUGGCCAAGUAAGGAGCAGGGAGGGGGUGACUAAAACAUUAUUUAAAAAAAUUAAAUAUAAAAAUGCCCCUUCCCCCAUUUUACACGCUUGACAGACAUACCUACUCAAACACACUUUGUGCAGUGUGUUUGUGCAGUGUAUGUAUAUAAUGAAUGCUUAUGUACACUCUGCAUUUAUGUACACUACAUAAACAUUCACAGCACAAAUACACUACACAAACACACUGCACUCACUAUACACACUACACAAACACACACUGUGCAGUGUUUGUGUAGUGUUUGUGCAGCGUGUGUAUAACAAAUGCAAACACACUCUGCAUUCAUUAUAUACCCGCACUCUGAGGUGUGUGUAAUGUGUAUGUAUAUAUUGCACUCACAGGUUUUUAACAAGUGAUUAAUUUAUUCUGAAGUGCAAAUUACAUAUGCCAAAACUAUAGUGAUCGCCGUUUUGACCCUUAAAGGGCUUUUUUCACAGUCAUGAAAAAGGCCCUUUAAGGGUCGAAACGUCGAUCACUAUAUUUUUGGCAUAUGUAAUUUGCACUUCAGAAUAAAUUAAUCACUUGUUAAAGACCUGUGAGUGCACCUUAUAUGUAUUAUUUAUGGUAUCUAUUUUGACGCUGAGGUUUGCACCCAGGCAAGAACAUUUAUUCAGCAGCAAAGGGUGAGUGCAAAGUCUAUUUCUCUUAUAUAAAUUUAUGUGUGUAUGUAUUCCCCUUCACUCACACUUUAAACACUUCACUGCCGGGCGCAUAUACCAGGGCUCCACAUAACACAACUCCAAAAUAGCAAUGGCUGCUCUCUAGUCUUUAAAAAUAAAAAAUGUAUUGAAUCAAGUUUAAAAUAACGACCAACGUUUCAGUCCUCGUUCGGGGAAAGAAAUAUGUGACCCUGAGGAAAGUCCCGAACAAUACAUUUUUUUUAUUUUUAAAGACUGGAGAGCAGCCAUUGCUAUUUUGGAGAUAAAUAUAUCUAUCACACUGGAUUCACUAAUCAAAUACUCUCACUGCACACACAUUCUUGUAAACAUAAAAAAACACUGUUCUGUAUAUUUUGUGCAUUUACCUUAAUAAAAAAGAUUUGCAAAAUAAACAUGUUCAGUUAACAGUAGAUGUGUGUAGAAAUAGUUGUCUAUUUUUUUUAAAUGGUAAAUAUACAGAAUAUCGGUAAAUUAUCGGCUAUUGGUCUGAAAGUUCAGAUUAUCAGUAUCUGCUCAAAAAAAUAUCGGUCGAUCCCUACUUGUUCUGAAUAGAAAUGUGUGCCUGUCACCAAUGAUAUUUAAUUAUGACUGACCUGAUUUUAGUACGUGUCUAGAUGUAGGUGUCCUAAGAUGUUGGGAUGAAACUUUUAAGAUGAGCGGUUUUGAUUACUCUGGGAGGUUUUUUCUUUGUUUUCUUUACACUGUGCAGCACUGCCCCAGGAAGCGCCACUAGCAGCCAUCUGAGGAGCUCCCUUUUCUCUGAAGAGUGUUUGCUGGUUUCCCUUCAUGAAUCAGUCUGUUCUGUUGUAAAUUGGGAGCAUAAGGCCAAAUAUCACAUUACCGAUAUGGUUGCAUUUCCGCGUGGAAAUCCUCCAUGUAUAGAUUGACAAAAUUAAAGGAACACUAUAGUCAAAGCAGUUUUAGUGUAUAUAUAAUUCCCCUGCAAUUUCACUGCUCAAUUCACUGCUAUUUAGGAGUUAAAUCACUGUUUCUGUUUAUGCAGCCCUAGCCACACCUCCCCUGGCUAUGAUUGACAGAGCUUGCAUGGAAAAAAAAUGGUUUCACUUUCAAACAGAUGUAAUUUACCUUAAUUGUAUCUCAAUCUCUAAAUUGAACUUUAAUCACAUACAGGAGGCUCUUGCAGGGUCUAGCAAGCUAUUAACAUAGCAGGGGAUAAGAAAAUCCUAAUUAAACAGAACUUGCAAUAAAGAGCAUAAAUAGGGCUCUUUACAGGAAGUGUUUAUGGAAGGCUGUGCAAGUCACAUGCAGGGAGGUGUGACUAGGGUUCAUAAACAAAGGGAUUUAACUCUGAAAUGGCAGUGGAUUGGGCAGUGAGCCUGCAGGGGCAUGUUCUAUACACCAAAACUGCUUCAUUAAGCUAAAGUUGUUAAACUACAAAUGCAUGCUAACUACAAAUGCAUGCCUUAUGGCAGUAAUGGCCAACCUAUUGCACGCCAUGCCCAUAGAAUGUGAGCAGCGUUGGCACCAGUCGGCAGCAAUGCAGAGUAGGCACCUGCAUGCCCAAAAAAGCAGGCGUCUGCUCUGCUUUUGUAUCGGGAGAACCUGGAGGCAGGGGGAGGGAUCUGGAAAGCAGCUCCCCUGUCCUCCCACGCGCAGGCUGUGUGAAGUGUUGCUGCAUGUUACUAUGGCAAUGCUCCACACAGCAUUGUGCGGGAAAACAGGACAGCUGCAGCUAGACACAUACCACCACCACCACCACCACCAGGGCUGGCUGUCCCUUUUUUUUUUUUUUUCACCAAAAAGGUUGGGGAGGGGGGAAAGGAAUAAAGAUUUUAUGUAUGUCAGGAUUAUUUAAAAAAUACACAUUUGCUACCUGCAGCACCCCUCCCCAGGGCCGGACUAGCCCACUGGAAUACCUGGAAAAUUUCCCGGUGGGCCGGCACACUAGCAGGCUGAUGUGCGGCCACCUAGUGCGCAAUUACAGGGUGACAAGCAGGAGUGGAUGCGCACCCUCCUGCUUCUCACAGAAUGUAGCAUGGCCGAGCAGGCAGACCACAGUAGAGGAGCUUCUAUUACCCUCCCUGGUCUGACAGGAAGUGCUCAGAGCACAUAACUGCUUCCUGUCAGACCAGGUACAAUGAGCAGGAAUUCCUCCACAACUGCCUGCUCGGCCAUGCUACAGGAAGAGCUAGGAGAAGGGAGGGCACUAAUGGGACAUGGGGAGAGCUGGGGGUGGGGGGGGGGCGAGAGGACUAAUGGGACACGGAGAGCUAGGGGAGGGGCGGGACUAAUGGGACACGGAGAGUGCUAGGAGGGGACCAAUGGGGCAAGGGAGAGGGGAGGGGGACUAAUGGGACACGGGGAGAGCUAGGGGAGGGGGGACUAAUGGGACACGGGGGGGACUAAUGGGGCACGGGGAGAGCUAGGGGAGGGGCGGGGGGACUAUAGGCUGAGCACUGUAAAUGCUACCUUUUUUCAGAGUAAAGGCAGGAUUUACUUAUGAACAUCUCUAGUGACGGUCACUCAGAUGGCCACUAGAGCUGCUUAAUAAUGUUUUUUUUACUGCUGUGCAAUAGCAUACAUUCACAAUUUCAGUCCAAAUGACCAAUCUUUUCUUGAUAAAUCAAGAAAAUGGACAAACUUUGAUCAUAUGCAAAUGCACGUCUGCUUACAAUAAACCAGCUCUUUUGUUUAUUUUGAAGCUCUGUGAGUGCUUUCUUUCACGUUUGAGUGAUAGAUUUCUGUUUUGAGGGUUUAUUUUUAUUUUUUGCUUCCAUAUCCGCACACUAUGCUGGUGCGAUGCAUUAUGGGGCAGGUAUAGAAUUUUUUUUUUUCCCAGGGCUGCUUUUCAUUUCCAGUCGGGACCUGCCUCCCUCCCUCCCUCGCACACAGCGCCACUGCAAACGCGCUCUGUGUGGCGUGGCGCGGCGCACAUACUAAAAAUGUAAGCUUAAUUUUAUCUAAUUUAUAUCAUUUAUAAUUUGUUUUAUUGAACUUUUUUUUUUUUAAACAAGAUGUGAGUUUGGACAACUGUACGAGUUUUUUUUUUUUUCUAAACUUAAACCUCAGUAUUCAGGCUUAAUUGCUGUGUUGGCACUUUGAGGGGAAAACAAAGUUGGCAUGUAUUGCAGUUUGGGCACUUGGGCUCAAAGGUUCACCAUCAUGUAUCUUGUCAGCAACAGCAAACCUAUUGCUCACAAUGCUACUAUAUAGAAUUGUCAAUUUGGAUCCAAGUACAUCCUGUACUAUUUUGCAUAGAUAUAUAUUUUUUUGAGCUUUUUAUUUUAACACAGAGCUGUAGAAAGGUAUUAAUUGCAAACUGUUUUGCAUCUUUUCUCUUUUGCUAUAGUUAACCAGCACUUGCAUUUCUUGUCAACAAAGUUUGUUCUUAUACCUAAAAUGUCAGUUUCAGAAUUCCGACUAAUGGCCAAAUGAGACUAUUUUUGUCAGAACAGCGUUUCUUCUGAAUACAAAUGCCCAGGUCUAUUGCUUAGCUUGCCUAUUACAACAGUUUAAAGGCAUUGUCCUACAUAACAAGGCCAGUGACUGGCCUCAUCCACAACCUCUAUACUCUGUCCUGAAAGCAAAGAAUUCCACCGCAGUAUAUAAACGACUCUGAAGUGAGCACAAAUUAUCUAUAUGUACAGACUCCAGUAAAAGACAGCAGAUUAACAUAAUUAUACUAUUACUAACUAUAUGCACAUGUUGAGACCCCUUGUUUCCAUGUCUGUGUGCUACUCUCUACAAACGAACACCACAAUUACCCAAGACUACUUUUUUAUUGUUUUGUCGUCGUAAAGAAUCUUUAGGUGAGCUAGAUUAAGUUUAAGACCUUGUUUGUUAAAGGGCAUCUUGGGUGUAAAAAAAAAAUUCUUCAGUCUUGUGCCAGCUUAGGUUAUGAGGUUUGUUAAAAUGGUGUAAAAUGUAAAUAUUUGAAAAUUUGCUGCAUGAAGUUACUUAUUUUUAUUUAUUUUGUGUGGAGAGGGCUGCAAUGAGGGGGGCAAACGGUCUUUAGGGGAUAGAUGGAUAAUCUCCCUAUGACACUGAGAAUUGUUAGUCAAAAUGUCCAGGGAUUAAAUACAACGGGCAAUAGGAGUAUUGCAUUUAAAUAUUUGUUUAGGAAAAAAGCGGACGUGAUCUGUAUUCAAGAAACUCACUGGCAGACUGGUUAAAUCCCAAGCUAUGGUAAUAUUAUUAUUCUAAUGGUGAUGCCACUUAUGCAAAAAGUAAAACAAAGAGUAUCCAUAAUCUUUAACAAAAGUUUACUAUUAAAAGAAGAGAUUUUUAUAAAAGAUAAGGAAGGUCAGUAUAUCUUAUGGACAGGCCUAAUUAAUUCUCCAAAGUAUACAAUCUUAAAUAUCUAUGCUCCUAAUAAGGGACAAAUCACAUUUAUUAGUCAUACUUUGAAAAUAAUGAAUUUUUUUUUAAUGGGAUUUAUAGUUCUGUGGUGACUCAAAUAUGGAUAGGAAAUCCAUAGGGGAGGUAAAAGUAGAGUCACGUUUGGCGCAAAACUCUAAAAGAUUUUAUAAACUACUGCUAAAAUAGACUUUACGAUACAUGGAGAACUUUGCACCCAUUAGAGAUUUUUUUUUUUUUAUUUUUUUUUUUCAUGGACAUAAAAUGUAUAUUAGAUUGGCCUAUAUCUUUGUUAGGGGCUGUAUCUCUAAAAUUAAGCAUGCUGAAAUAGGUUCGAUUUUAUAUGGUCUGUCCAUGGCCUUGUGGGAACGACAUUGGGCAGUGGUGCCCAGAUAAGAAGUAAUAGAUCAUGGAGAAUGGAUAUAGAAUUUGAAGGAUCCAGAAAUCUUAGAAAAGUUAAAAGAAGCGAGUUCAUUCGUCAUCAAACGAUGGCUUGAUAAAUUUAAAAGUAAGUUGUUUUUUUUUCAUAAAGCAGACAUAAGAGGGUUAAUGAUAAAAUGGCAGGCAUAUAGAAAGAAACAGAGGUAAAUCUUUAAGAGAGCUACACAUAGAGUUUACUCUGUUAAAUAGAGAGAACAAAAAAUUCCCAAAAGAGAUAACGAUAACUUAAAUUCGAGAGAGACAAUUACAAAUAAAGAGAAUACAGCAGUAUUAAGUCCACAUGGGCCUUACAACAAAGGUUAUUUUACGGAGGUAAUAGGGCAGAUAAAUUGAUGGCAAACAAGUUAUUAUAAAAUAGCAUAUCUAUUCUAUUUUUCGUUUUAGAGUGCUUUUCUAUCCAAAGUGAUAUAGCUACAUGUUUUGAGAAUUAAGAGCUCUAUAAUUUUAACUCAAAAAAGACAGAAAUUAAAAAAAAAAAAAAAAAAUGAAAAUCGUGUAAUUUCUGGAUAAAAUCAAUCUUCCAAAAAUCUUACAAGCAGAGAUGGCAACCUUAAACAAAGAUAACAGAACAAGAAGUUAGAUGGGCAGUCUCAAAAUUUAAACUGGGCUCAGCACCAGGGCCUGAUGGUUUAAUUAAUCAAUAUUAUUUACAAUGUCAAGAGGAGAUCUCUAAAUAUUUGUGUGAAACAUUAAAUUAAAUCAAGAAAGCAGGCCGGACUCACUCAGAGUUGUUAGAAGCACAAAUAAUGAUACCAAAAACUAAUAAACAAAUUCCAGAAUCUAGUGCUUUUUAGACCGAUCUCUGCUUAAUGUGGAUGCAAAGAUCUAUACAAAGAUCUUAGCGGAAAGAUUAAAUCGUAGUAUCCACAAGCUGAUUGCUCUGGAUCAAACUGGUUUUAUUUAGGGGAGAUUGGGUCCUGACAAUAUUAGGAAACUUCUAAAUAUAUUUUCAGUUGUAAAACCUAAAAAAGAAGCCAUUUUUGUGGAUUGGGACUUUAUGAACCUCACCCUGUCAAAGUAUGGUUUAGGUGAGUUUGCCUCUAAGGCAAUAGCUGCUUUGUAUGUUUCUCCAUCAGCAAGGGUGACUGGCCAAAAUUUUUGUUCACGAAGAUUUCUUAUUUCAAAUGGCACCAGGCAAGGAUGCCAGUUAUCCUCAUUGGUGUUUGCUUUACUUAUUGAACCACUGACAAUUGCGAUAAGGGAGUCCGAGAAAAUAAGAGGGAUUGAGAUAAAUCAGAAACAUGUUAUUGUUUUACAUGCGGACGAUUUAGUAAUUACAAUGGAAAAGCCAGAAAAUUCAUUAAAAGCCCUUCAAGAAAUUAUUGCAGAGUAUAGCGAAAUUUCUAAUAUUAAAUAUGAAGAAAUCUGAAGCUAUGACUUUUAAUAUAGGGAAGAUUAGAAAAGACUUAAUGGCAGAAACCUAUCCAUUCAAAUGGCAACAAUCAAUAACCCAUCUAGGAAUAACUUUGUUUUCUAAGAUGAAUAAAACAAUUAAAGUUAACUAUCAAACAGUUUAUGCCAAGUGGAAAAAUCUAAAUAUUUCUUGGUUAGGAAGAAUUUCAGCUAUCAAGAUGACAAUGACCUAAGAUCACUUAUAUUAUGUGGUGUAUCCCAGUGCAAUGUCCCAUGCAUAUGAUUAAUCAGAUACAGAGUGAUAGAUGUAUCUAUUCACCAGAAUAAAAAGAUGCGGAUUAAAAGACCAGUUAUGGUUAAGAAAUUCUGCAGAGGAGGAACGGCUUAUCCCGUUCACAUUAAGAAAUAUCAAGAAGCUACCUUACUAGAUCAUAUGUUGUUAUGGGUGGAGGAGGAAAAAGUAACAACUGGGCAGAUAGAAAAAGCUUUUCUUAAAGAUGAGAAUUUAAAUUCAAUUAUCUCAAGUAUUACCUAGCAGUAAAGUGAAUAAUAAAAAUUCGGUAAUAUGGAAAAGUGCAAUGAGUUGGUCUAAAUUGAAUAGUAAAUAUACUCUUAUUCUGUUUCCGAGUUUGAUUACUCAAAUUUCAUGGCUGCAGAAGUGUUCCUUUCCCUUUUGCUUGAGUUAUUGGAAGGAUGUAAAUAUCUGAGUGACCUAUGUCAAUAAUUUUGUACAAUUUGAUUAUUUACAGAGCAAUUUUAAAAUUGCAUCUAGGUUUUGGUUGGAUUAUAAUAGUCUGAGAACUAGAAUAUUAUCCUCUAGUUUUCAUUUGAAAGGGACUAGACAAAUGACCGCUUGCAAAAAGUUAAUGUUCAACAAAUCUCAUCUGGUAUCAAAAUGCUUUAGUAUAAUAAGAGAUGGGGAUCAGGAUUCUGAACCUUUAAAUAUCAGACUAUGGGAAGAACAGUUGUAUCAAUCUUGGCCAAUGGAAACUUGGUUGGGAGCAGUGUCAAUAACGGAUAACUUGAUUAAAUUUGUGACAUAUAGGGAGACCUAUCUUAAAAUAUGGAAUAGAUGGUAUUUAACCCCGAUCAAGCUAUGGAAAAAAGACUAUGCAUAGAUAUUGCUGGAGAGGCUGUAAUCAAAUUGGCUCAGCUUUACAAAUGUGGUGGUCUUGUUCCCUUCAAAUGUAUUGGAAGGAGGUUGGGGCUUGGAUAUCUCCAAUAGUAGGGGGAAAGGUUAAAAUGGGCCCAGAAUUAGCCCUGUUUUAUUUCCUCCCUAAUGUUACAAAGGAAGUAAAAAGUUUUACUCCAUUCCCUAAUGAUAGCUAAAUGGCUGAUAGCAUUAAAUUGGAAGGGAGAAAAAAUGCUGAUAUGGUCAGACAUAGGAGCUAUCAUGCAGAGAAACAGAGCAUUAGAAUGGAAUGAUGGAUCUGUAGGGGCAUUUAAGGUCCCAAAGUAGAUGGGUGGUAUGGGAUAAUUACUGCUUAAACCCUGGUCAAUGCGUUUCAUAGACUGUAAUCUCCUCAGCCCCCUCCCUUGACUCUCGGAACAGCGAAUGGUGCGCGUGUUAGAAAAUUGAGAAUUGACGUUUUAGGCGUAUUUUCAUUAUUUACAGGUAGAUAGUCUGGGUCUUUUUUCUGGUAGGCAGACUAAAUUAAAGGUAUUGAGUAUCUUUCAAAACCUUGACAUUUGUGAAUAGAAGUUAGAAAACAGUAGAACUCAAACUCAAAUAUAAAGUCAAUACUUAAAGUUGAAAUUUUAUAUUUAUGUAUCUGUGUUUUGUCUUUUUUUUUUUUGCAAGAGUGGACAAAAGAGAAAAAGGAAGACUCAAUUAAAUGGAAUCUUAAUGAUCGAGAUUGUACUGUAUAUAAAAAAUUUUUUAUGUAAUUGUACGCUGUAAAAAUGAUAAAACAAAGUAUAAAUGAUUGUAUGUAUUUAUGUAAAAAAUCAAAUUUUUUACAAACGCAAAAAAGUUAAGACUUUUUCUCCCAUUUCCUUUAAAAUAACAUUUUGAGCUGUCUUUUAAGAAUGUAAUGUGGUUUACUGAUAGUUACUGAUUUUGUGAUGUUAUCUUAUAGCACAGAUGAAGCAGAUACACAUUGAACCUGCUGCCUCCCGUAUGGAGGAGGCUUUUGGCUGUGCUGUGGAAAACCGCUUCAACCGCCUUCUGGAUGAUGAAACCGACCCACUAGAGUUCCUUCAGAAAGCAGCAGAGGAGAAGAGUCGCCGCAAAAAGAAACAAACUGUUGCAAAAAAUGAUGGCAAGAAGGAAUCUCAGAGAGACAGGAAGGCUCAAUUUGCUGGAACAAACACAGAGGUCCAGAAUAAACAAACAGGUUUGCACAAUGAUAUGCAAUUACAGUGCCUAUAUGGAAUUUACCUUCUGUAUUUAUAAUCUCACUGAAGAGGUUUUGUCUGGGCAUUAAUGUACAAAUUUAGUAGGCUAGAAGCAGUCAGCUGAUGCCCUCUGCCAAUUACAGCCACCAUUGUGGCUAUAUAUUAAUACAGCUAGAAGGAAGUGUGCAAUCUUUGCCUUUGCCAUACCACCAUUUGGGGUGGACUGAGGGUGGUCAAGGAUCUGUGCUUGCCUGUCUGUAGGUAAUGGCAUUGCUAUUCCUAUCCAAUAUAUUAAUACACUAGCCUAGAUUGUAGCUAAUCGCAUCAUUAACAAGAAAAAGUACUCUGGAAGUUUUUUGUUUUUUUUAGUUUAUACAUUUUAUGGUUACAUUGCAAGGUAUGUAAUAUACAGUGGUUGAAACAUAAUUAAGAACAUUGCACAAUAAAAUACUUGAUACAAUUGAACAAGGUUUGUACAUGACUAUUGGUUAUCUAUUACAUGAAAACAAAGUUAUCAGUUAUGGCUUCAUAUUAGUACUUUUGUCACGUUCUUUGACAUUUCCCAUCGUUAUGUUACCGUGGGAAAUAACCAUUGUAAGACACUUCAUGUACCUAGUGGUUCUUCGUUCAAUUUCAAUUGUACACUUUACUCAUCUAUAUGUCAGCCUGGUCAGGAUGGGUUAUCAUAAUCUAUUUGGUGGCUUUCUGUUUGUGGCUCCUACCGGGUGUACUACAUGACUCCAAUGUGUAACCUGUGUUUAACGAUGCUCAAGCGUUUAGGAGAUAAUCAAAGUUGCAUAGCAGUUUUAUCCAGUCUACAAAACAUUAGAAUUGUGGACAAGUUAGUAAAAUAUUGAUGAAGUGUUUGUCUUAAACGACCACUAUAGUGCCAGGAAAACAUACUUUUUCCUGGCACUAUAGUGCCCUGAGGGUGCCCUCACCCUCAUGGUCCCCCUCCCGCCAGGCUCUGGGGAGAGGAAAGGGGUUAAAACAUACCCUUCUCCAGCGCCAGGCGGGGAGUUCUCCGUCUCCAAUCCUCCUCCUCCCUUUCGGCUGAAUGCGCACGCGCGGCAAGAGCUGCGCGCCUUCAGCCGGUCUCAUAGGAAAGUAUUUACAAUGCUUUCCUAUGGACGCUUACGUGUUCUCACUGAUUUUUUUUUUUUUUUUUUUCUCAGUGAGAAUCACGCAAGCGCCUCUAGCGGCUGUCAAUGAGACAGCCACUAGAGGAUUUGAGGGCUGGAUUAACCCAUUAAUAAACAUAGCAGUUUCUCUGAAACUUUUUGUUUAUAAAAAAAAAUGGGUUAACCCUAGCUGGACCUGGCACCCAGACCACUUCAUUAAGCUAGAGUGGUCCUUUAAGGUUUGGGAUUAACUAUUUCAUAUGUUGAGUGUGUGGGAUCCAUUGAGCAGUGAGCUUGUGGAGUGUAUGUAGUGGGUCAGUUGCGUGUACCUAAAUUCCUGCAUUGUCUUGGGGUGUUCUGUCCCAGUGGGUGUCAAAUGGUUCAACUGAACAGUGUGUAGUGUUAGGGUGCGUUCUGGGGUACCUGUAUGAAGUCUGAGUUGGUCGGCAGCCCUGGCUGGAACAUUGGGUUUCUGGUCAGUGGAUAUAGGGGAGAUGGGUAUGGGGAUAUGAGGACAUGUCUUGUAAGCUUCCAGAUGCGGAGCGUGGGGGCUAUAAUAGGAUGAGACUGAGGGGAUAGGAACGUGUGUUCGGUUUUAUGCCAGGGGAUCAUGUGGAUUGGGGUUUGGAAGGAGUUUUCCAAUUCUACCUAUUGUCUUUGGUUGUGCGUUUGCCCAUUCAAAUAUCCUAGUGAGCAUGAUCACUUCAUGGUAAAGGCCUAUGUGUGACAUUCCCAGUCCGCCUUGGCCUUUGAGUUUCGUGAGUGUAUUAAAAGCUAUCCUAGUGUACUUGCUUAUGUAAAUUUGGUGAAUGUGUUUUGAGUUUGGCAAAGAAUUAUUUGGGGAUCUGUAUUGGAAGUGUCUGAGGUACACAAAUUGGUGCUUGUGCCACUUGGCCAAGUCCGUAUCUAUCUUGUGGAGUGGGACGAAAUGUAUGGUAUAAGUGUCAGCUGGUUGCGUGGUAGGUGUAUUCCCAAGUACAUGAUGUCUUUCGUUGCCCACGUGAAGGGAUAUUUCCCCUUCAUUAUGGUCUGUGAUCGUUGGUUUAUUGCUAGGGGUAGAAUCUCACUUUUGGUAAAAUUGACAUGGAAGUUUGAAACAUGUGGCUAAUUCCUCUAAAAGGGGGGUCAUGGAUGUGAUAGAUGUUAGCAUAAAAAGCAGAUCAGCAAAUGCUGAUAUAUUGUAUUCCUCGUUUCUUAUCUGGAAACCUGCAAUGUCCCUGUUGUCCUGUAUUCCUUGAAGGAAGGGUUCCAUCGUUAGUAUGAAUAGGAGAGGGGAUAGGGGACACCCCUGUCUCGUGCCAUUCUGAAUUUUCACGGAGUCUGGCAGUUGUCCAUUAAUCUUAAGUUUAGCUGUGGGGGUGGAGUAAAUGGCAUUAAGCCAGUUGGGCCCAAAGACCAUUGCUUGUAACGUAGUUCUAGGGUUUAUAACGUAUCACUGGGGAUUUUUGUAUGCACCCUUGUGGAUAGGAAGUGUGCAAUGUCUGUCACCUAAGGGGGUGAACGCCUCAGGUUGUAUAGCUCAGAGUAGCAUGUAUGGAAAGCCUCCUUUAUGUCUGGUAGUGUGUGGGAUAGGCCUUAGUCUGGGUGUUUUUCUUUGGCUAUAAAUGUUUGUCUGCUUUGCUUUAAGGAUGAGGCCAAAACACAUCCGCAUUUUCCCCGAGUAGAAGUAGGAGUGUUUUUUUUUUUUUGUACGGAGCAGUUUGCGCUUUACCUGUGUGUUCAAGAGCUGUUGUGGCUCCAUGUGCUUUGUGAGCAGCACCUUGUAAGUUAGAAAGGAGUCCCAUUGGUGAUGAGCUGCCUCCAAAGCCCGUAUAUACUCUGUAAGGGAUUUCAUUUUACUUUCCUUGAAUUUUUUUUUUUUGUUUGGAUGCGAUAGCUAUUAUUAUUCCCCUAAGUACACAUUUGUGCGCUUCCAAGGUUAUCAGAGAAGUAGAGGGGAAGGAGUUUUCCUCAAGUAGUAGUGGAGUGAGCUCUGGAGUUGUUUGGUUACUGUCUGGUCAUUUAGUAACAGGUCAUUCAGUUUCCAUUGGGAUGAUUUUAAGGGUAUGGAGGGGAUUUGAACGGCAAGAGACAGGGACGUAAGGUCUGAACAUGUGAUGGGGAAAUAGGAGCAUGUUACCAGGUGUGUAAACCUGUGGCAGAACAUAUCUAACAUGAGUGUACAAGUCGCUGUGGAGUAGUACGAGUAGUCUUUCAUAGUGGGAUGGCAUAUCCUCCAGCACACACAGCUGUGAUUGAUCUAGGAGGUGGGAGAAAGGUCUGUGCAUUGGGUUUUGCCUAGUGGGUGUUACAGAUGUGGUGUCUAGAGCAGUCCAGUGAUAGGUUAGUUGCCCCCCCCCCCCAAUUAUUAGUAUAACCUCUGCAAAUGUCUGUCCACUCUAAACACUUUUUAAGGGUUUUGCAUUGGCCUGUGUUGGGUAGGUAGAGGUUUACAAAAGUGACAAGUGUGUCCUAUGGUUCCUUUUACAAACCGCCUCCCAGAGUCGUCCUUUUUGGUCUAUGAAUGUAAAAGGCACUUGGGCUGAAAUUAGUAUGGCCACUCCAUGGGUUUUCAGUCACCGAAAUGGCCAAAUUAGACUGUGGGGUACCUACUAUUCCUCAAGUUUGGAUGUAGGCGUAGAUGUAGGAGUUCCUUCAGGAAACCCACGUCGGCUUGCAUUCUGUGUAGCUCUGCGAGGGUCAGGGAGCGUUUUUCAGGGGAAUUUAAUCCCUUCAUAUUGAGUAAGUAUACGUAGGGUAGCCAUUUUUCAACUAUUACAAUCUAGCAGCUGGGCCCCAGUGCAGCGCAGAACCACAGACCUUUUAUGAAUGCAAAUUCAGGUACAAAACAAUUGUUUACAAACAACAAUCCAUGCGUAAUUAAACUGUGUAGAGUUGAGCACCUGGGUCAGGUGCAUGAAAAACCUUCGGUAGUUGUCUCAGGUGAAGUCAAUCAGUCACCCUGAGAACCUAUAGGCUACCGUAGUAUAGGUCAGUAUGACCGAAGUGCAGUAGAGAAGUGGUAAAGGUAUGCAUUCGCAUACGCCUAUAUAUUCAAGUGCACUUGAAUGUGUGAAGUGGGUGGGUGGGGGUGACCAGAAGCUGUCAAUCACAGGUGGAGAAGGGGGGUACAGUUGUUCACUUUCCUUUCUGGUGUGAAUCUCGCUUGGCAUGUAAAGUAUAGCUUUGUGGCCGAGUUGUUAUAUGGGGCCCCAGACCCAAGAUAACCGGACCUUACAUUCUAGUCAUCAAGUGCUUACAUGGUGUCAAUUUGGGAUAUUGUAACGGUGUCUGCUCCCCCAAGGUUGAGUUACAUGAGUAGAGACUGCAAUUGUCACCUUUUGGCCUUUGCGGGGGUGUCAUAUAGUACGGGAGGGGGGUAUGUGGAAUCACUGGCUACUCCUAUAUGGACUGGUUUUCUCUUCCUCUUUCUGUUGUCCUGUAGCUUAUAGCUUAGCUGUGGGCAAAGGCUCAAGCGGCAUAACCCGUGCCUAUUGUGACUUUCUAACGUAAACUUAUUGACCCCUCGGUAUAUACUGUAUUGUUAAACAGUGUUUUGUGUAAGGUUUGGAAUCUCUUUGGUGUUCCAAAUGCCCUCUAGACAUGGGUAAUUUCUAAUCAGAAGUUGUAAUUGGGGACAUAUAACAUAACCGGAUUAUUUCAUAUUACCCACCCUUGCGAGGGUCUUCUGUAGCAUCAAGUGUCUCUUGUUGCGCUUAGUUAUAGAAAGUCUCGGUAAUGGAAGAGGCAGUGUCCGCUAGUAUCCCAGUGAUAGCCCUUGUUUUAUCCAAGAAUGCGCUGUAUUAGCCCUGCUGUGGCUCAGUCAAUAUGUGCUUGACUUUCGUGGGCCGUUCACAAAACUUUAGAUAUUAUAUACGUGUCCCUUGUGGUCUGUCCGCAUAAAGAUCUGUUAGUGGGUAAAAGUGGUAGUAUCCUUGUGGUGCGGUCUGCAAGUAGGCAGGGAGGUCUAGUGGUUCACUGUCGCCUUGUCAAUGACUGCUUUGCCUCUGAAGUGCCUUCCAUGGCAUCCGUAUGUCUUUUCCUCGUCUCCUGUUGCCAGUGUGGACGUUGGGGUAAUUGAGGUGGGCCAUACCAGUCGCUAAUGUGCCAUGGUGAGGUCCAGAGCCCUUUGGAAUACUGGAACGUCUUGUAUGGUAUUUAUGCUGUGCAGGUUUCCUUUAAAUGUGGUGCUUAGUGCGAACUGGAAUCCCCACCUGUAUCUGACGUUUCUUACCCUCAGUUGGUCUGAUGGGUUUUAAAGAUCGCCUGGCUUGCAGCGUGAGCCGUGAGAGGUCUGGAUAUGUUGAUUGGGUCACUAUGAAACCGCAAUGGUUGAUUUGAAUUCCGUAGAGCUGCCAGAAUAUCCUCUUUGCACCUGUAAUAGUGAAGCCUGCAGAUUAAAUCUCUGGAUCUGUCAGUUGAGAGGCUUCUGUGUCUCAAGGCUCUGUGGGCCCUGUCCAUUAGUAUAGGUGAAUCAAGUUCUCUGUCCAAAAUUAAAGUGCUCUGGGAGCACUUUGAUCAAGAGGACAUACCCACUUUCAGGGAGUCCCCUUAUCCUGAGGUUCUUCGUUCUCUUGCUAUUAUCUAAAUCAUCCGUUGAGCAUUGCAUAGCUGCUAGCUGGGAUGUGUGGUCCUUAACUGUCUCCUGGAGGGAUUGCAUCUGUGUAUUACAUCCCUGUCAUCAUCCAGUGACCCUAUUCUGACUCCCAUGUGGUGGAAGUUGGUGCCAAUGGCGUCUAGCUUGCCCUGGAAAGACUUCUCUAAUUUACCCGGCUUAUUGCGAAGGAGAUCUCUCACCUCCAUGUCAGCAGGCAUGCUGGAUGUUUACAAUUCUCCCGACUUGAUGACGGUGAGGCGAGUCCGGCGCCAUGUUUGGGACUACCAGGCCAGGUUGCUGCUCUGUGGUGUCACGGAAAUAUUUUGUCAGGGCUCCAGAUUUACCUGCCGGUUGUCUUGCCAGAGGUGUGAGGAGUAGAUGCAGACAGUUUAGGGUGUCCCAUAGGGAGUUUUUUUUUUGUUUGUUUUUUUUGCCUGAUACACACGAAUUCAAAACUCUAAGAGGAGCUCGUUUAGCUUUCGGCCAUUCUGUUCCGUGGUUGGCUCCGUCCCCAGUACUCUGGAAGUUGCUGAUUGUUUAUGAAAAUCCUACUGUAAUGUCUUGCAUUAUAGUUUUUUGUGUGUGUGUGUGUGUGUGUGUAAAUUUGCCAAGACAACAGCAGUAACACAUUAUAAUCUGAACCCUCAAACCAGAGGGGUAACUAGAAUCCACCAGACCCCAUAGGAGGGGGCUUUUGGGCCCCCUCCUAUGUAUCGUGUUCCCCUGUCCCCACUUUCCUGGCGUCUGGUGCCCCCCGUCCCCACUUUCCUGGCGUCUGGUGCCCCCCCGUCCCCACUUUCCUGGCGUCUGGUGCCCCCCCGUCCCCACUUCUGGUGCCCCCCCGUCCCCACUUUCCUGGCGUCUGGUGCCCCCCCGUCCCCACUUUCCUGGCGUCUGGUGCUUUGAUCAUCCCCAGUUUCUACCUUUGCUAUAUAUUUUUAUUUACAUAAUUGCAGCUUAUUGCAAAUUUGUUACAAUACUCUUCUUCCUGUACUUUUAUAAGAGAGUAACUCUUUAUGUAUCUAAUUAUUCUGAUAGCAAGCGUAUUUUUUUGGAUAUGGCUGUAAAAUUACAACCAAGUACAUUCUAAAUGGAUAGCACUUGAGAGCAAUUGGUUCUCCCUUUUAAUUACACUUAUCAGUGUUUCUCACUAUUCACUUGUCUCUUUUUUUUUUUUUGCAAAAGAAUAUUUUCACUGUUUCAUAAACUGCAGUUUUGGACUUCCGCAGUGGACCAAAAUUUUGAACUCCUAUCCAACACUUUUUUUUUUUUUUUUAAUGAAUUGAACUUGACGGUGAAAUUGUUUACAAUUUACACUUCUGUUAAUCCAUAUUUUUCAUUCUUGAAUAAAAAAACUCUUCAAAAUCCAUUCAUAAGACAAACAAGAACAUUUUCUGAUAUAAAUUUUUAGUCUGAUCAAUGUAACUUGUGACGGUCAACGAACACAAAAUGCUUUUGUGCAUACAACAUACCUACCGCACCCUGGAAUCACUAAAUGAGAAAGUCAGCAGGGAGGGAUAAAACCAGUUAAACAAACUCAGAAAGGUGGGACAAUACUCGCCUAUGUGAAGACACGGAGGCUCAUAUUGCAAGUUUAAAGCUGACCAACAACCUGCGAAAAUGUGAGGGACCGGCCGAAAAUAAAAUUUACGCGACCAGUCAGCCAUCCCCAUCAAUUCUUCCAGACGUGCGCCUGAAGCCACCAUAGACAUGGCUGACUCACCACGAGAAGAAUGGGCACCAAAAACAGACGUAUCCACUUUGUCCAGCAAGCCAAGGUAAUACUGGAGAAAACUGUUUGCGAAUAGAGAUAAAUAGUUGCAGAGAUGAUACAGAACGAUGCACACUGGUCCAAAACUCAUACUCACGCAAACAAGAAACAGGACACCAAGCCGGAUACGAGACAGACUGAAUAGCAGUCUUAGUAUGUCUGGAGAUGUUAAAGGUCACCCCAUCCAGAGUGAAGGACCGUGCAUAGUAAGCCAGGGCACGGACAUCCGAAACCAGCAACCGUCAAAACCUUCAUGAGCCGAAGAAAUGGCCAACCUGUACAAAUCGUGCAAUACGAUGUAAGGAAUUGAAGGAUUGCAGUCACAGGUGCUGAAAGGUUCCUAGCCAGGCACCAUCCAGCCAAAGCUCGCCAAUCGAUUCCACAUGACCAUCUAGUGCCAGGCGAACACCCCCACAUCCAAUCUCCAGUCGCUGCUGUCCAAAAGAUGGUGUGAAUUUUGCGGAGUCCCAGGAGGUACUCCGCUUGGACCACCUAAUCCCUGGCCAAGCAAUGCUUCCAAAAGUUGUCUCGUCGUUGCUGGAGGGCAUGGUAGUGAAGAGGAGCCGGGAACACUGCUUGGAUUGAGGAUGCCAGCAGGCCUAUGAUCUGUGCCAGAUAGCAUAGGAUUAUCUAAGGGCCUAACUUCUUGUGGAUGGUCCAAAUCCUGGACAUUGGAAGGCUCCGUGACUCCGCUCUGGAGUCUACGGUGAAGCCAAGGAACUCCAUGCAUCUCCCAGUUGAGGAAACCCAGACGAGAGAGGUCUAUCGUCCAUUGCAGGUGCCGUAGGAGGAUGGAGUGAUCCUGUGCAAUGAUCAGGAUGUCGUCUAGACAAUCAGACACACGCCCAAACUGAGUAACCAAGCCAUGGCCGGGCGCCAUAGGUUUGUGAAGCACCAAGGUGCGAAGAGAGCCAAAAAGGAAGACCUGUAAAGGGCCAAGUGUCGCCCUUCCAAAGGAAAUGCAAUAAGUCUUUGGACGUCUCUGCCACAGAGACCGUCAAGUACGCGUCCUUCGCAUCCAGUUUAGCAAUCUCAUCGUUACGAAGGAGUAAGUCCCGCAGAAGGUGGAUGCCCUCCAUCUUGAAGUGGCACUAGCGCACAAAGGCAUUGAGGGGACCGAUUGAUCAUGGGGCGCAUGUGCCCGCUUUUCUCGAAGAGUCGACAAUUCUGUCUAUCCACUCAUGUAGGGAGAAUGAGAUCGGGCGAGGUGGAGGGAUGUGGCAAGGAGAACAGACCAACUCUAUGUGGAAACCCUGAACAGUGGCCAGAACCCAAGCUUCGGAGGUUAUGGCUGACCAAGCUGGGAAGAAAAGGAGUCUGCCCCUACACAAACAUGAGGCAGAUGUAAGCUUACCUUAAAGGCGUCUGGAAACGGCGUUUCCUCUGGACUUCAUGGUCCUCCACGUGAAGGGAAGAGGGUGGAUCGGCCUCUUGCCACCUGAUAGUGGUGUUGCUGGAUAUAGGAGCUUCAUCCCAAGCCACGGGAGUUGUAGUAGUUACGGCCAGACAGACGACCCCUGAAUCUGCUGGACCUGGCAGAGACCCGCCCCUGAAAUACCCUCUUCAUGGAGGAUUGAGCUUUAUCAAGGGCAGUAAAAGCUCCAAGAAAACGCCCCAGGUCUUUUUAUAAAGAAGUUCCCAAACAAGAGGCCUUGGGCAUCCUUGCACACCUUGCUGAGGGGCCAGUUUUGGCUUUUUUUUUUUGAGUGGCUUUACACCGUUCUGUAGACAGGGAGGUAGUAACAGUGCCCGCAAUACAGAUGGCCCUCUGCACCCAACCACAGAGCUAUUCUGGGUCAACCUGUCUGUCAUCAGCUCUGGCAUCUUCUGCUAGGUCAAAGAGCUUCGCCAAAGGAACCAAACAGUCCAAAUGUUUAUCUUGGCACAACUUUAGUGCUGAAUUCAAACUUACAAGGGUUUCAUCCCAAUUUGGUCAUUUAAAGGUCAAUAACCGGGGUCUCAGACUUUAUUGGGCACCAAAGGCCAUGGGCAUUCAGCCCUAAGCUUACUCUGGGCUGCCUUGCUGAGCCGUACCCAGUUCUCCAGGUAACAUGCAACAUGGUCCACUGGGAGCAAGUUAGCCGACCGAGUGAUAUCAUUCGGGUCGAACAUAGGUUUACCAGACGGAUCCUGGAGAGUGGAGCCUGCUGUAACGGGGGAGUGAAUUCGAGAACCACUCUUUGCCACCUCUGACUGAGGUCAAAAGGUCAAUGCCCUGCCCAAAGGAUUAAUAUUUCUUGGAAUAUUUCAAGAGUGGUUUAUGUAUGAGUUUUUAGAUUGUAUUUUAUUUAUUUAGGUUGUUUGGAAAUAAACGGUUACGUGAAAAAUUUACUUGAUUCAUUUUCGGUUUCCUUGUCUGAGUAUGUGUGUAUUUAAAGCUACAGGAUUGGUAAUUUUUUGCAUGCCUAUCUAGCGCUUUCUAGUGUAGCUUUGUGAUAUCUACUUUUCCACUUUUUCUUUUUAAAUAAAAAUGUGCAGCAUACUUAUUGAAUCGAUACCUUCUCACUAUGAGAUCUCCCUGUUUUGCACAUAUUGGAGUGAUCUUCUUGCUCUUUUGACAUCUCAUUUUUAGAAGUACAUUUGUCCUGUUAUAUUAUAUCAAUAGAUAUUUGUGUAGUAAUUUGUGAAACUGCACGACAAAAAGUGCAUGUAUAUAUGCUUUUUGAAUAUUCAGGGUUUUUGUGGAUUUUUGUUUAAUUUUUUAAUUAGGUUUUAUUCCAUUGCCAAUCCUCCCAUGACGAAGUCAUUCCGGAUUAUCUGUGGUUCAAACCAGUAUUUCCCAUAGAAGCAUUGUGGAUAUUCUGCACACUGCUGUGCCUUGCCAGUUUAGAUUUUUCUAGAAGAAGCCAUGUUGGGUGUAAUGUUAUAUGCAAUGACAUUGACCAUUAAGGGCUUUGAAACUUUGUUCUCUUAAGGAGCAAGUUCCUCUAGUGGCUGUCCCUUACACUGACAUUUGUCUGAAUAAAGGGAGUACAAAAAUAGUGUACGAACAUGUAUUAUAAACCACUACCUUACCAUUGUGCAUUUGGUAAAUUGUAGAAUUAAUUUUUCAUUUAAAUUUUUCCUUGUCUAGGCCAGAAACAACCCCCCAAACCACAGCAAAGCGGAAAUCCUGCUGUGAAAACUUACAAACCAAAAACUGAGCAAAAGCCUUUUGAAGAUAUGUAUCAUUGUGUUGUAGAGAACCCAACAGAGCAUGACAUAGAAUAGUAAGUAAGCAGAUGUUGUAUAAAUGUUAAGUUCCCUGGCAGGUUUUGAAAGAAGCUAUUAAGGUUUGUACUAGCACCUCACUGCUGGCUCUGGUGUUAUGCCUCUUCUGCUUUCUCAAAUCACAUAUCAAGGACAACUUCACUAGACUGCAGAAUUGUCUUCGUACUUGUAGUUCAAUCACAGUACCUAUAGCCAUGUUUUGUGUUGUGAUCUUUUGUCAUAAUGCCUAUACAUUGUUGUGGGAAGGCCAAAAUGUUUUAUUAAAAAAAUUUUUAAAAAUUGAAAUCUCCAAACAAUCCUUAAUGUCUGUACACUCCUUAUUAGUACAUCACACUGCACGCCAAUCUUCUUAAAAAAGCUGCAUUUGCAAAAAAGGAAAAAUAAAACCUUGAAAUGCAAGCAAUUGCCUAGAACUGUUCUCAUAUGCACUAAUCCAAUAUUGUGUAGGAUGUGAAGGUUGAUUGCAACCUGCUCUCUGAUCCUAACCGGUCAGAAUAUGUAGGGAUGCACCAAAAUUAAAAUUCUUGGCUGAAACCAAAAAUUCAUGAUUCCGUUGGCCGAAAACCAAAACAGAAUUAUUUUUUGUCUUUUCAAAUGAUUUUAAAAUAUCUUUUUAUAAUUUUAUUGAUUCAAUAACUGCACAUAUGGAAAUUUAAAAGUUUACACUUGUAAUUGGGGAAUGUGGCAAACCCAUACCAGGAGGAAGUCCCCAACUGUCCCCAUGCCCACCUCCCCACAAACCAAACCUAUAUCUAGCCUAAGGCCCAUAGUCUGUUAUUAGGAGGCUGAAAUCAGAAGUCAAAGUACUGAAAAACCUUUUCCCUGAUUUACAACAGUGUUAUGGUAGUGUUGCUUUAGGGAAGACUCUAGGCACCAUAACCAGUACAGCACGCCGCAGUGGUAAUGAAGCAAAGAGUCCCAGGGCAUCAACCGCAGGUAACCUGUCAAAGAAUUUAGUAAUGGACAGUGCCAUUUGAACACAUCCCUGUAGUGGUUAAGGUGUCUGCUUUCCCUUUAAUAAAAUUUAGUGCACCAAAUAUAUUCACUACUUUGGCUAUCUCUUGGAGAUCAUUCACUAAAUGGCAACCUGAAUUAAACUGAAAACCAGAUUUGCUAAAUUUAGGCUAAAUUAGCCAAGAUGUGACUGUUCAAAUUAAAUAUUACAAUUUGGUUUUAAAUACACUGAGUAAGCUCCUUGUAAAAUUGCAGAUGAAGAAAAAUAGACCCGAAGUGUAAAGGGCCAUGAUUUAAGGGUCCGAACCUUCCAUUGCCAUGGAAACUGGAAGUCCGCCACCUAUUAGUCAUUUAUAAUGUCAAACUAGCCUGGGGAGAGAAACUUAAGUACAGUAGUUUCUUCCUGUCAUGAAUCACCGGCAGAAUAGGCCAGUUUUCAGCCAACCAUUUUGGCAGCCAAAAUUUCGGUGCAUCCCUAAUAUGCAGUAAAUCCCACCAGGAAAAAAAAGUCCAAAGUAUAACAAACUAUGAAACAUUAUAAAAGGAAUUCCCUUCAGCCGUGCUGAAUGCUUGGACCAGCGGUUUCUCAGCACGUGUCAUGCUAGGCAGAAAACCCGUUCAGGGCAUUCCUUCUUACAGAUGCCGUUUUAUCAUUUAUUUCUUUUUUUUUAAUAGACUCAGUUAUACGUUCUUUUUGGAGGGGAAGAGGGGGAUUUACUACAUAUUAUGACAGGCUAGGAUUACAUUUUUCUAAGAAGAUUGGUGUGCAGAGGAAUGUACUACUAAGGUUUGUGUGUGGACAUUUGGGAUCGUUUGGGGAUGAGUUUGACUAAGUCAAGCACCAGGGAUGUGUGUUAAAUUUAAUCAGCAUGAUAUGCAUCGAAUAACUAGCCGAGAUUCCGUGAUAUCGUAGCUGCGGCAAUCUGUUUGUUGGCAAAAUGGGCGGUAUCCGAUUCAAUCGUUUCUCUUGCAGCAUAGUAACAGCUAUACAUGUCUUGGUUAUUUUAAUAGCAGGAACCAGGUAAGAGACAAACUAUUGUAAAUCAAGCUGGUUAUGAAGCUUAAAGGAACACUAUAGUCACCUAAAUUACUUUAGCUUAAUGAAUAAAGCAGUUUUAGUGUAUAGAUCAUUCCCCUGCAAUUUCACUGCUCAAUUCACUGUCAUUUAGGAGUUAAAUCACUUUGUUUCUGUUUAUGCAGCCCUAGCCACACCUCCCCUGGCUAUAAUUGACAGAGCCUGCAUGAAAAAACUGAUUUCACUAUCAAACAGAUGUAAUUUACCUUAAAUAAUUGUAUCUCAAUCUCUAAAUUGAACUUUAAUCACAUACAGGAGGCUCUUGCAGGGUCUAGCAAGCUAUUAACAUAGCAGGGGAUAAGAAAAUCUUAAUUAAACAGAACUUGCAAUAAAGAAAGCCUAAAUAGGUCUCUCUUUACAGGAAGUGUUUAUGGAACGCUGUGCAAGUCACAUGCAGAGAGGUGUGACUAGAGUUCAUAAACAAAGGGAUUUAACUCCUAAAUGGCAGAGAAUUGAGCAGUGAGGCUGCAGGGGGAUGUUCUAUACACCAAAACUGCUUCAUUAAGCUAAAGUUGUUCAGGUGACUAGUGUCCCUAUAAAGGGUCACUCCAGACCUAUAAGAAAUGGUAGCUUGAUGAAAAGCAUUGUUUAAAGUUUGUUCUCUUGCCCAGAGCACCUGACUUCACAUUAGGCUGUAUUGGGAAGUUGGUGUUUGGUCAGCCAGUCUGUGUGGGUUAGGAGAGGACUUGCAAAGGCAGCAGACAAGAGAAAUUCAGGCUUUACAAGUGGAUUUUGAUAUAUCCCCAAUGAAAAAAAUACAUAACUAAAUGCAUGCAAGUCUUCAUUUGGGGUAGAUCUACUAAACAGUGAUUUUUGUAUUUGGGCGGUGGAGUGUCCCUUUAAAUAUUCCGCAAUUAAUUUGCUGUCACAAUACAUGCAAAAACAAACCUAGCCCCUUUCUUUUCCAUAACUCAAGGAUGUUCAUACAAAUUUUAUGUACGGAUGGUUUGGUUUGUUUUUGUUUUUUUUUUUCUUUGUUUUUUUUUUUUUUUUUGCAGACGCAUGGAGACUGUAGACAAAGAAAAACUUGUGAAAAACUGGCUUUCUAACAGGGGAGGAACAAGAGGAAAAGGCAGAGGUGGCUUCUCAAGAAACACAGAACAGGAUAAUCAAAGAGGGAAAAGAGAAUUUGAAAGGCACAGUGGUAGUGGCCGCGGGUCUGUAUAUCAAACUACUCUGUUCAGUAUUUAUGUGAAUCUUUUCUUUGCAAAUAAGUUAUUUUCUAUUAAUGCUGGAAGCCACUCACCAAGAACUUUGUAUGUGUGUGAGCAUUAGAUGGUCAUAAAGCAGUUUUGUUUGUGGUUUUUUUUUUGUAUUGCCUAGUUUGCUAUUGCAAUGUGUUGUCGCUUCCAUACUUGAUUUUCACCAGUUUAUCUUAAUCUUCCAACCUGUAUCUAUCACUAGGGCAUGACAAUCGCUUAAAGGUGCAAAUUACUUUGUACAUUAUGUAAAAAAGCCUUGAAAAUAAACUGUAGACUUAAUACCAGAUGUCUUGUCUGCAGAGGUUUAAGAGCUGAAGACAAACGAGGUGGCAGUGGAAGUCAUAACUGGGGUUCAAUUCAAGAUGAAUACAGGUAAACCUAUUUAAGACUAAGUAAAUAUGGAAGUAUCAUAGAAAAAUAUGGAAAUCAAUGGACUUGGUCCAUUAACAGACAUAUGUAGAUUGUAGAAUGAUCUGUUUUGGUUCUGGAACAUGCUCUAAAGGGCUAUUCACUAAAAAUUUGAAUUUCAAAUUUAGGGCCAGAGUAACUUAUCUGAAGCUUUGCUGACUUAUAAAAAUGCAGUGCCCUUGCAUUUAUGUCACAAUUAACUUCUCAUAACUGGCUUGUAACUCAACUUACAUCGCCUAUGCACUGUAUGUGACUGACGCUGCCAGUGACGUAAUUGGUAAACUAUAUCAUGCAGAGGGAACAAAUAAGCUAAGGCUGCUUUUAAAGAAGAUCUUAAUCUUUUAAAAUUGCACUGUCACCUCCCCCUCCCUUCCCUCAAAGCUUGUUUCAUAAAGAUCUAUAUAAAGUACUCAAAGUUGACUGCUUUGGAAUUUUAUUGAAAUUACAACACUGUCAUGUUAGAGCAAAGUAGUCCCUACUUUGUCUUAAGUAUUUUUCCUCCACUUGACAAAAGGCAAGUGAAGUUUUCUGUUGACAGCUGAAGGGAAAAAGCGCAUUGUCUAUGGAGGAUCUCACUGGAAUCUCCAUAGAUAUCAUUGUAUGUUCGCGCAUGCACGAGUACAAUGGCAUUUGAAGUGACAGGAACGGAAGAGGACAGUCAGAAAAAAUAUGGUGUCUUUAGUACUAGAUACAUGAUUUCCUUGGGAAAUCCAAUUAGAUUUUUUUGUAGGUUACUGUAUAUUGCGCCCUCACCUCUUGAGGUCUUAUCUGGGGAUGGUUUGAAUACAGUUGAAGUGAAUUAAAAUUGUUUAGAAUGGAAAGUUCUGCAAUGUAACUGAACCUUGUUGUUAGUGCUGUAGUAUCUGCUCCAGUGGAAGAAUACUCUGAAAACCACGAGCCUCUUGAACUCUUGGAGGAAGAAAAUGUCAAGUAAGUGAAAUGAAAGCUUGUGACUGUCAAUGACCGACAUAAACAAGACUGUGUAUAUGGGUGUUUGUAUGUUAACUUCUAUAGGCUUGUAAUGUAUAAAGUUUAACGUGAUUUCAAUAGGAAAUGGUAAAAAAAUAUAACCGCCUGACUCAAUGUGGGGAUAACCCGGUUAUCCUGGUCACUUGUUCACUUGUUUCUUGAUUUAGACUGCAAGUUUCCACAUAAGUUUAUGGUGAUCAGCCUGUAAUUGCGGGACGUUGGAUGCAGCUCUACCCAUGUGUACCCAGCCACUACAUGGGAGGCAAUACUUACACUGUGAAAACACCCUACUUGCCUUAUCAAGGAGCGGAUAAAACGACCCUUAACAUGCCCAGGUGCAUCGAGAGAAUUCCCGACAGGCAGUGGGCAUCAUGGUUACCAGACUGUCUUGGGUCGGACAGAAGUGACCUCUACCUCUAGGAGAUCAGGAGACCUGGACGGUGUAGCUUCCCAUUGCUGUGAGCCUGGCUGGUCUUUGGGGGGGCUGAGCCGGGCAGUAUGGACUAUGUUUAGAAGUGGCCAGCGAUAAAGGGGGACCUACGGAGGCACCAUGUCUGAUUUACCGAGACUAUACUGGAACAGUGGAGAUACAGAGGCCGUCCGGUUGGUGGACUCUAGGAGAGGGGUCUCAUGAACUGGGGGGUACCUCGAGUGCCCGCUGUACAGAGAAGCUCAUGGUGGGGGGCCUUUACCUGGAGUCAGGUGUUGGUGCAUAUGUUGGCACCCACGGGUGCCUGAUAUUGGUGCAGUGGGUAUGGCCCUACAGGGGCUUCACAUUACUCCUCACUCUCACAUGGGAACAGGGGCAUGAGGGAAGGCAUAAGACAUUCUCAGACAGGGAUGGCUCCCACCUAAGGCAGACCGUUAUUUUUAUUUUAUUUCCUUAAUCACGUAUUUAGUUUUUCUUUUAACAUAUAUAACCUGGCCGCACGUUCUUGGCCCAAGAUCUCUGGGGUUCACAAGAGGACCUAACUAGGGAUAUUCACGUUGGGCCCUAUCCCACAGGCCCCUGAACACACUCUGGGGCACCCUUUCCCUUUUUACCAUUUUAUUUUACCACAUCACAAACCUAACAUAGUCUGGGCUGUGGAUCCAUAACCCCAGCAGCAGAAUGGGGUAGACCAUACAGCCUAGUUAAUGACACAGUUUUUGUCACACAACAAAUCAUCAAUAACAAUGGGCCCCCAGCUGGCGACUAACAUACGAGCUGCCCAUGCGCUGUAUCCUUCUUGCACGUUAAGGCACAAUGUUCAUAGCUGUAACCCUGUAUAUUGAUUUUAGUUCUUUGUAUUACACCCUUCUUAUUUUUAGGAAAAACACACAGGAAAUAGGAUAGAACAAAUGAAAAUUAACAACCAGACCUACAUAAGCAAUCCACUGUAUACUGACACUCGCCUUUAAGGCAAACUUGAAAUUGAACAUAUGACCUAUGCCGCAUUGAGCCCUCGCUAUAGGAUUUUUUCUUAAGUCCAUAUAAUUUGGAUAUCAGAUGGGCCUGAAGCACAGUUGCAACCAUGACUUUUUCUUACAUACUAAAUCCCACAUGAUGCCGUACCGAUUACUAGUUAAAUUUAUAAGGUAUGCAUUUAUAAUUUUGAUGUACUUAUGCUAGUAUUAAUGCAUGUACUUGAAGUUACCACUGAUAGUCCUACAUAUUUAAUUUAUUCGUUAUUUUUGAGUUCAAUGAGCACAUCUUUAUAAAUGUGUCCAUUCAUUAUGCAAUAUUCUUCUGCAUUAUCGAAUGUCAUAUUGUACUGCAAUAAGUUCACACUCCUAACUACAAAUAGAUACGAUCCCUGUAGUGUACUAUAGUGAUGCGUUGUUCUUAAGUUCUGUAAUUACACUAUUGCUACCAUGACUAACUUUACUGCAUUGUAAUACUGCAAUAAUAUUGUACACCAGCUUAUACUGAAACAUGUCCACAUUUCCUACUGUUAAUGUAUGCAAACUGAUGUGAAUAAAAUUCUUUCUUGAAUGAAAAAAAGAAAAUGUAAGAAUGUGAGGUGCUAGGGUAUGAUCAGGAAUAAUUGUGUGGUAAUUUAAUUGAUAUGACAGGCCUAUACGCUCAUAUUACCUCUACAAUCCAUAACCUUUAAGCAUCACAUACUUUACCUUCCCAUGAUAAAGAGAAACUGGGACUCUUGUGGAAUAUAAAACUAAAUCCAAACUUGUCUAGCUGAAUUGGGCAGGGGACAUCUCAAUACGAAGAUUGUAUGGUUUUAACAUCUCAAUUUGUAAUUUGUAUUUCCAUUUCUUUUUGUAGGUGUUGCAUAGCCAAUGUGUAACAAAAUACUUGUGUAACUAUUUUUUUUUUUUUCUUUGCGUUAUGCAGGGUCACAGAAGAACUUCCAGCUGAAGAACUUGCAGAAGAAAUGACACUAGAUGAAUGGAAGUGUAUGCAAGCGCAAAACCGAGCUAGGCCAGAUUUCAACUUGCGUAAACCUGCAUCCUCUGUACCUUCAAAAGCUGUGGUGAUCCACAAGUCUAAAUAUAAAAAUGUAAGCCUAUUCAUUUAAAAACAAAAAUGUCUGUUGGUACUAUAUACUCCUGUAUUUCAGGCCAUUCAACUGACAGAAGAUUUAAAGUGCUAACCCUUGCAUCCAAAAACCGAUAUACCCACACACUUUACUGUUUUAUGUUCUUGUUUGCGCAUGUGCUCUUCCACUAAACAUUUAUUUAAAAAAUAUAUAAUUUUUGUUCUGUAGAAUAUGGAAGAUGAAGGGGAUCUACAGUAUGUCUGUCGCAGGCCUAUCAAUGAUAUCACUGCCCAGUUGGAUAUUAAUUUUGGAAGUCUGUCCCGACCUGGCCGUGGGGGAAGAGGUGGAGGACGUGGGCGUGUACGAAGAGAAGAACCAUUUUCUCAUGCCAUGGAUGAUGUAUGUGCUCAACAUAUUCUAAAUGUAUUUUAUUAUAUAAAUGUGAAACUAUCACUUGACUGUUUUUGAGAAAUGAUUUUUAUAGAAUUUUUAAUAGUAUAAUCAAAAAUGUUUGUCUUGAGUGAAUUGUAUUUUUGCCUGCAACAGCAUUAUACAAAUGGUUAAAUUGAAUCUAUGAAAUUAAAUUAGUGCAGAUAUUUUAGAAUGACACCAAACCACAACGUUCUUAGUGCACUGAUGAAUGUUGCACUGUAUGGCUUGCAUUUAGGCAAAUACAUCAUUCAUUUGUACUUACGGUAAUAGUCCCAGGGAACCUUGCACCUGUUGCAGCCCUUGUGACACCACACCCACCAGGCAAGAGUGUGCACUGUGUAAUGUAGUAAUAACACGGUUUAGAGCAAAUGGUGGUUUGAUCACCUUAAUGAUGCAAAUGUCCAUGCAAGGAAUGUCAGGCUAUCUAAAUCUGUUAAAGUAUAAGUUAGCUUAAUGAAUAAAAAAGUAACCAGUGUUAGGAUAUCUGCUAAAGUACACACAACUUCGGAUUGUCUCAAACUGCAUUAAUAUAAUUUCUAUUUUUCCAUACAGAUAGCGGCAGUACCCAUGCCAGAUUUUCUGUCUCCUCCUGAGGACAGGCAGCAUUGUAACAUUUUCAUUUUUUUAUUGUAUUAUUAGGCCCACCCCCUUUAAGAGAUAAGCAAGGAUAACCCCCAAUAACACCAGUUUUCUUCCUGUCCCCUAAAGGACCAGUUGUAGUCUUUCCCUUUUAUUUUGUCUUUUCAUAUCUGCUGUGGGGCAGUCUGGGUCCCAAGCACACUGGGAAGUUGCUCUAAUCAGGAAUUGAUCUGCAACAGAAUUUACACUAGCUAAGCCUUGUCUCCUGAAAACUUAGAAAGACCCAGCUGCAAACCAGAAUGGGCUGAACACUGGUACAGAAUGGAGUUUCACAGGUGAUGUCAUUGUGUAAAUGUACAAAGAAAUUGCGGCUUCUUCGGGCCAUAUUCUAGCUAAUCCGGGUUAAAAAAAAAUACUGUGACAGCAUGUAAGCCACGUGGUACGGUCUUUAAGCAACAAGUUUAACCGUGGGCACUUAAAGGACCACUAUAUGCACCCAGACCACUUCAGCUCAAUGAAGUGGUCUGGGUACCAGGUCCCUCUAGUUUUAACCCUGCAGCUGAAAACCGUUUCAAAGAAACUGUUUAGACGGAGGGUUAAUCCAGCCUCAAGUGGCUCUCACUGACAGCCACUAGAGGCCGCUUCCACGAUUCUCUGUGAAAAUCGGUGAGAAGACUCUGACGUCCAUAGGAAAGCAUGGCGUAAUGCGCUGAUGUCGGCAGGGGGAGGGUUCUCCCUGCUGGAGGGGGGUAAUGAGGGUGGGGGGAACUAAGGACUACAUGCCAGGAAAACGAGUUUGUUUUCCUGGCACUAUAGUGGUCCUUUAAGCACUUAGUGAGGUGUUUUUGCCAUCCCUGCCCCCACCUUCAGCUCAGUUAGUUAACAAAAACUCUAUUGGUAGUACACAAAGCCUGAAAGACCCAAUUGACAAAUUCAGAAACUUCUUUGAGGAUUUUUCAUGCCCUGGCAUAACAUUCUAAAGUUUCGAUUACAUGUUUUUCGAUCGCCAAGGCAGAAUUUGGCAAGAAAAGUUGGAAUUUUUUUUUUUUUUUUUUUUUUAAACCUACCAAUGGAGAUCUAGUUAAAAUCUUACAGAAUGUUAAAUUGACUGCAGAACUUUUAUGCAAUUUUAAAACUGAAGGUCUCUGUUUAGCAGCAAAAAGUAUGGGGUUAGCUAUGGUGUGAAGAAGAGUUAAUAGGCUUCAUUCCUGACGAGCACACGCCCAUUCAAAAUAUGGCAUAUGUUACCUUCCGUUCGAGGAAGGUCUCUUUGGUUCUUUGCUAGAUGAUAAAUUCGGGAUUAUUCUAGCUUCAGUGAUUGAAUAAUCUAAAUUUUAUGGCAAGACAGGAGCCUUCAUAUUUGCCUAAACCUUCUUUACUGAACCUCCCAGCAGCAAAGAAAGUUAAACCUAUAGAGAAAAAAAUCAAAUCAGGACACCUCUUGGGAGGAGUCUCACAGACUCAUGUUCUAACUCCUCUUUCUUGAUGCAGCCGAUCAAGUGUAGUCAACCAUGUAAAAUUGAGUGAUAAUCAACCGUGUAAACAGAACAGAAUCGACACUGGAAACCAAUUGAUAGUAGUCUGUAGGGUAAUCUUCAUGGCUCAUGCAGACAAACUUCACACUAAAAAAGACAGAAAUGUUUUGAAAGUAGUGUCACUUGGACUGGGUGUCUGCAAAAUAUAUACAUACACAGAUAUACUCCCAUGGAUAUCAAGAGUAUAAAACCAUUGCAAAAUCUAAAAUUGCCAUAAUUAGGUAAAUUAAAAAUCACCUAACCAAAGCAAACUUAAACAGGAAGUUUAAUAUAAAGUCUUACAAAAACCAUAGAAAUAAAAAUAUACCUGACAGUAUCUGGGAUGGGAUACAGAUUGGGUGGGAAAUUAUUCGCCUCCUGUCUUUAACAAAAUUUAGAUUAUUCAGUCACUGAAGCUAGAAUACUGAAUUUUAUAGGUAGACAGGAGGCUUCAGCCUGCAAUAGGAACUUGAGAACUAGGAAAGUCGAUUACCUAUAGCAACACGGCCGUGGAGGGAAAAAGCUGUUUGUGGUAGAAAUGGGUAUUGCCCAAAUUCCAUGCAUCUGGUCGAGGCCUGUAGCCUGUGAAGGCAGCUCUGCCAUUCGUUGGACCCCUAUAGCAACCAGCCCUAACGUCCUUUUCUAGUGGUUUACAAAGCCAUAAUCUGCAGUAUUUGGCAAUGUGAUCAGGGAGUGUCCAUUCAGUUGAUCGAGGGUGUCUGAUACAGCGUUGGUCAAGAGGACAACCAUUGGUAUCCAGUAGGAUAUUGUCCCUAGUGUUAUCCAAAUUAGUAUUAGUCAUAGGAUCAGUGUCCUGAAAGGACUGGUUUUUGGGGUAGAAGGAAAGUCUCCAUAACAGUCGGAAGAGGAUGGGUCUCGUGGGAGCUCCUCAUACGAAUACACACCGUAUUCGUCCAUUACUUGUAGGUGAUAGCCAGAGGUUGAACACUAUACAGGGUCAAAUUCUUUAUUGAAAGUGGGUUUGGCAUGAGACAAUUUACCAGUCUUUGCUGGGGCUUUGCCAUUGCCAGCAGAAGCAUUGUCACCCUUUCAAGGGCACUUACGUGGGGCUUAGUCAUGGUCAGAGACCCUGGAAUCAUCAGACAAUGGAGUGGUGGCAGUAGGGGCCGCUAGUGGCUGGUCACGAACGCUGCCAAGGCCUUAGGGAUAGUCUGCAAUUGCAGCUUGAAACCAGGCCUUUAGUUCUGCUGACACUGCAGGUUCUGGUUGGUCUGACAUUAUGACCAGUAAAAUAGUGGGAUCACCACACAAUCCUAUAUAUCAAUGGGUGUAUAUAUAAAUUGUUGUUUUUUUUUUUUUUUAAUUUUUUAUUUUAUUACUUAACAAAACUUGUCACCCACAACAAAGGCAGGGGCUUUUCUUGAGGCUCACCCUGAUAAAAUAUUGUCACUUUUUAAAGGGGACUUAGAGUAGAUUUAACUAAGGCUAAACGGUGUUGAAAGACAAGGCAUUAGUGGGGUUCAUCCACAGUUAUGGCAGUUAAACUGCCAAUAUAAUGACAGGUGUAACCUGUGUAAUCAAUCAAAACAAGAAGUUCACCCUGAAGGAUAACAAUAGUAAGGCACGCGGGGGUCACCCUCAAGUAGGCCCCAGGCUGUUUGGUCUUUAUUUCGGCUUGCCCCUCAUUAUAUAAAUUUAACUGUAAUAACAAAAUGUUUCAGCAUACUGAAAAAAUACUUACGUUUUUGAUAGGGAUUCCGAGAAAGCUGUCAUAAAAGCGUGCGGAAACUAGAAAACAAACCGCCGAAUAAAAGAUGGCCACCAGCAAGAAGGGAGGCGGGUUUGCACAUCUAUCUAAUGACGCGAUUAAGGGCAGUUCUGAUUCAUAUCGCGGGCAUGACCAUUUCGGGUUGCAGCAGUGGCGCGGCGUUAUAAAGACUGGCAAAAAACACACUAGUAAGGUGCGACGUUCAGAUAAAUUAGACCGCUUAAGAAAAACAUAGGGAAAGGACUGGACAGUGGGCUGACCUAAAAGGUUGGUGUCAUGAAGGGAAGAGAUAAAAUAAACACACAAAUUACUUCAUGAAACCGGGGGGGGAAAAAAUCUAAUUAAAAGGAGUAAAAAUAUCUAAAACAAAGAUAAUGCAAGUUAAUAGUAUGUGUCUCAGACUAAUCUGUUCUAAGAUGUGUCCUGAUUAUUUGGAUUUUAUUUAUUUUCUAUAUAUUUAACCAUUUCUUUGCUGCUGGGAGGUUCAGUAAAGGUUUAAGCAAAUAUGAAGCCUCCUGUCUUGCCAUAAAAUGGAAAUCCUUGGUGAAAAGAUCUAUCGCGGAAUAAAUGAGGAAAUAUUUUAUUUCAAGAAGACCCUGGUGGUUUUGUUUUUUUUUGUUUUUUUUUGUUUUUUUCUUCAAAGAAUUCAGGUAACAUCAAGCAUUAGCACUUUUCUAUUCCUUGCAUUCAUGGUACUCUGAGAAUGCAGUUAUAGAAGAGACUUCAGGACCAAGAAACACUUAUGGGUUUUACUAAAGACUUUUUUUCUACUGAAGAAACCAGGUGAGUCUUUUUGACCACUCUAAGAUUUGAAAAAAGUGAACAAGUUGGUAACAAACUCCAGAAUGGAGACCAUUGUCAGCAAGCCAACUUGUCAAUUGUUUUCCUUGCAUCUCAGGAUCUAAAAGUUGCCAUAAGCAAAAAAAUAAAAUCCUGCACUAGCCGUUCAAAGGUCUGCCUUUCUGCCUAACAUUAUCUCCAAGAGUCUUCACGAAAAUCAUGAUAGUCCCAGCAGCAGAUUCAAUAGAGAAAUAAUUUCAUAUUGUCCCUUACCUGGGCAACUAGCUAAUUUUGACAAGAACAGAAAAUAUUUUAAGAGAACAUGCCUGUCCUUAAAAGGUGGGGGGGAAAUCCCUAACGCAGGUACGAUUGCUAAUCCUAUGGAAAAAGGAAUUUGCAGGCAGUAAAAAUUAAUCUAUAUAUGCUAACACAAUGCAAAUUCUUCCACCAUUAUGUAAAAAAAAAACGCAUUGCAGCAAUUCUGGGUUUUGUUUUGGUUUAGAAUUUGUACAGUUGCUUCCCCCUAAGGGGUUAAGCAUGCAGGAAGAAUAGGAAAUAUUGUCACUGUCCUAAUCAUUGUCAGUGUGAUGGCAGUAAAGCCAGUAUGUUCUAAUCAGUGGAACGAUUGCCCUGCUUGAUGAAUUCUUCAAGCAGGGCCAUGUAACCUCCAUGGACCACUGACCAUGGUGAUUCUGGGGUGAGGUGGUGGAUGGUAAGCAAUAAAAGCAGCUUCUAAAAUCUGUAAAUGUGUUUAGAAAAAUCCUGUGAAUGGAAUAACUAUUUAGCAUUCAUUGAUGAUUUCAGUAUGCCUGGAUGUUGGAGCUUACUGGGUUGGUAACGGUUUUAUAAUUGUUGGAGCGUAUCUUGGUCAAAAAAUGGGAGCCAUUUACAAAUUGGUAAUUUCAAACAAAGUUGGCUUGUGCUUGCUCUGGAUUGACUUACAGGGUGAUUGAAAUUUGCUUAGAAUUCUCAUUUUAUUUAAACAAAAUAAACCAAAUUGGAAACUUUCUAAGUUAGAUGCUUCGACUUCAGCUACUUAGGGCCUUAAAUUUGAAAUUCACCUUGAAUUCACUUUGAAAUCUAACUUUAAUGAAUAAGCUUGUUAAUGUUUAUAUAAUGAAGAGGCUCGUUUCUUCCUUUCAGGUUUACACGAUUGCUCCUGAUCCUGAUGACUUUGAGGACUUUCCUGCUUUGUCAUAA